AUGACAGAAGGUGUGGAGAUAACCCUUACUUGUGACACAAUUCCUCGAUAUCCUACAAACCUGCGAAUUGCUUUCUACAGAGAUGAAGAGAUGGUUCAGGGGUUCAGUUCAUCCAAUAAGUACCAGGUUCAGUCAGCUCGGCUAGAGGACUCGAGAAAUCAUACCUGUGAGGUCAGAACAUCGAACUACAAUGUAAAGAAGAGAAGCAAUAUGUUACAUAUCAACAUAAUAGGUGAGUGGGGCAUACAAAUAUAUGCACAGGGUGGGAAAAAAUUCAGAGCAAGGUUUGAUGAGUCAAUAACUUUUUUAUUUGUGAACCAAUUUCAAUGAUACUAUGUACAAUUAAUGCUUAUCGUAUGGAGAUUUGUUUGACGAAGUAUCAAAGAUGACAUCUGAUAAAUUAUCUCCAUUUGCUACCCCACAAAGUCGGGCUCUUUUGAUUGCAUUGGUCUUAACAUCAAUUAAUGUUUGAGGUGCAUCGAAGAAAAGAAACACAGGAACUCCCAAAGGGGUUUGAAGACUUCCAGGAAGAACGCAUUUUUAUCUUCAAUAAAUAACCUGGCAAAAGUUUUAGAACCUCCUGGGUGGAUUCUUUGUACUUAAAAGUCAGAGUUCCUUAGACUCACAAACUGCAAAUAGCGAGAAUGAUUCAGAUAACAGUUCAAGAUUAGGGGGCUCACAAAACGCCAGAAUAGGGAGAUUUUAUGUAACCUCAGAAAUGUUUCUUUUUUUAGAACAGGACCCCCAUUCACAACCCGUUCCAGAACAACUCAGGGAACAGAGACAAUGGGGGGGGUCAUGAUAAACAAAUAGUCAAUCUAUCAGACUUCAAUCUAGAAUCAAGACAGAUUUCUAUUCUUCGAUACUACGACAAGGGUUGUGCUUAUUUCCAACACAACACUUUGACUGUUUUGACUAGGUUAAUGAUUUGUAUCUCUUUUUCAGAAAGUUGGCCUCCAUGGCUACUUCCAAAAGUGAUGCGGCAGGGAGGCCCAUCAUGAAGAAUUGAUUUCUGUUCAUGUUACGUCCUUAACCAACUAUGGCAACAUUUUAUUGUUUGCCAAAAGUCCACAAGGACUUGAAAAAACAUCUGGGACAACCAAUCGUCUCAGGAAAGGGAUGUCUAACUGACAACUGCAGUGUCUUUAUGGACAGUAUUCUGCAUCCCCUAGUUUUCAGGUCCCCAUCUGUUUUGCUAUGUUCUAGGAUGCAAAGAAUCAUACCAAUAUGAAUAAAAUCAAUUUUAUUCAUAGAUCAAAUAUCAUUAAAGAAUAUUUACAAAAGUUAAGACUACAUCACCAAUUAAUACGCAACAUUGAAGGCCACUUUAUGGGCUGGAAAGCUCUGGUCAGUCUUGGCCAGGAGUAAAUUAAUUGGUAAAUUUCCAGCAUAUCUGCUCACAGGAUAAAGUUUCUGACCAACAAAAAUGGAAGUCCUAGCUUUUUAGAAUCAUACAAAAAGGGUUUCCUCAUUUUGUAGUUUCUAAAAAAUACAAGGCACCAGUCCACCCCAGAGUGCUGGCCAGGUGGCCCAGAGAGAAUCCAAGUUGUGUGAAUCUCCUUGCACUUUGUUUGGAAGAUUUUGGAACUCUGGGCAGGGUUCCCAGAAUAUUGCUAAAUCAUUGGAUAUUGUGUAAUAUUUGAACAAAAUAGCUUUAAAAUGUGAUGAUCGAUAUAUAUCCACACAAUUAGCAAUACACUAUCAUACAUUCAGGACACCCAAUUCACCAGAGAAAAGUUGUCACAUCUUAAAUGUACUGAGACGGGAGGGACGCGCAAAGCUCUUUCUCUGGCCGCCAGUGAGGUCCACAAUUCUUCAGCUGCGCACCUAACUGCUCUUCCACUAACAUUGUGUACCUUGCAAAUUGAUCUUGUGGUAGAAAAUAUGCAAUACCGCAGGAGGAUUGUUCAACAUGCCAAUUCGAUUAUACGCACCUGGAUACACCAAUUCUGUGACGUCUUUAUAACAUUUUCACAAUGGUGAAGCCUCAAACCUGUCAUUACAGGCGAUUGCAAAAAAAUCAAGCCUUCCCCAAAGGAGGGGGGUUAUUUAAGUUUUAAUUCCUUAUGAAAUUAUUACAUGUUAUUAAAAUUCUCAUUCCUUUUGAAAUUAUGAAAAAAAGGAAUCCAGAUGGAAUUAUUAAUUGAAAACCUUUGCCAAUCUUUAAUGAAUUACAACAAUCUAUAUAGUCUUGUGUAAAUCUUAAAUGAAUAGUUAAAAGUUUUUUAUAUUAUCUUCUAGAACUGUUCUCUCCCCCCAAAAUUAAAGUGAGCUUGCAGAAGAUGACAGAAGGUGCAGAGAUGACCCUGACAUGUGACACAAUUCCACGAUAUCCUACAAACCUGCUCUUUGCUUUCUACAGAGAUGAAGAGAUGGUGCAGGGGUUUGGUUCAUCCAAUAGGUACCAGGUGCAAUCAUCUCAGGUGGAGGACUCUGGAAAUUAUAUCUGUGAGGUCAGAACAUCAAACAACAACAUAAAUAAAAGAAGUAAUAAAUCACAUAUCAACAUAAUAGGUGAGUACCUUUUGGAAACUUUUGUUUGGACUGAUCAUGUUAUCUAUAAAACUCUGUGUCCAUAUGGAAUGAAUUAUAUCAGCAAAGCUGACAUGACUAUAAAUAAAAACAAACAACGGGCCACCACUCCUACCUUAGGACAGUCUACAGAGAUCCGCAUUUUCUACAAGAUGGACACUAGUUUUCAAGCUCAAAGCGGUGGGUGGGGGCCUUAAAUUAGAAUAAGGGGGACCUAAUGUCCUCCCCCCUGGCCCGCACCCUUGAGCGGUGGGUGGGGCCCUAAAUAAAAAUUGGGGGAGGGGGCUCAAUGUCCUCCCCCCCUGGACCCCACCCCUGAGUGGUGGGUGGGGUCCUAAAUUAGAAUAAGGGGGAGACCUAAUCUCCUCCCCCCUGGCACCCACCCCUGAGCGGCCCUAAAUAAAAAUUGGGGGGGCCCCCUCCCGAGCCCCCACUCAUGACGAGCCAGUGGGGACUUUUAAUUUAAAGGGGGGGAACUAUUGUCCUCCCGGUCCCCACCCCUGAGCGACGGGUGGGGGCCCUAAAGUAAAAUAAUGGGGGGGGACCUAUUGUCCUCUCCCCCGGUCUCCACCCCUGAGCGGCGGGUGGGGGCCCUAAAUACCAAUAAGGGGGGGGACCUAUUGUCCUCCCCCCUGGCCCCCACCCCUGAGCGGUGGGUGGGAGCACUAAAUUAGAAUAAGGUGGGGGGACCUAUUGUCCUCCCCCUGACCCCCACCCCUGAGCGGUGGGUGGGAGCCAUAAAUUAGAAUAAGGGGGGACCUAAUGUUCUCCCCCCUGGCCCCCACACCGAGUGAUGGGUUGGGGCCCUAAAUUAGAAUAAGGUGGGGGGCCUAAUGUCCUCCCCCUGGCCCCCACCCCUGAGCGGUGGGUGAUGGCCCUAAAUAAAAAUUGGGGGGGCCUAAUGUUCUCCCUCCUGGCCCCCACCCCUGAGCGUUGGGUGGGGGCCCUAAAUAAAAAUUGGGGGGGACCUAAUGUCCUACCCCCUGGCCCCACCCCUGAGCAGUGGGUGGGGGCCCUAUAUUAGAAUAAGGGGGGGGACCUAAAUUAAAAUAAGGUGGGGUGGGGGACCUAAAUUAAAAUAAGGUGGGGGGACCUAUUGUCCUCCCCCUGGCCCCCACCCCCUGAGCGGUGGAAGGGGGCCCUAAAUAAAAAAAAUUCAACCGGGGCCGCCAUCUCGAGCCCCCACUCGUGACGUGCCAGUGGGGACUUUUAAUUUAAAGGGGGGAACUAUUGCCCACCCGGCCCCCACCCCUGAGCGGUGGGUGGGGGGCCUAAAGUAAAAAAAGGGGGGAGGACCUAUUGUAAAAUAAUGGGGGGGGGGAACCUAUUGUUAUUUAUUUUUUUAAAUGCGUCGGUUAUAAUGGAUUUUUAUUUGGCCUUUUUUUUAGCUGAAAAAAUAAGAUUUUAGAAGAAAGAAAACAUCAAAUGGUAAGUUUUAUUUUAUUUUUACAGGUACUUAGUUAAAGGUCCCCCCCUCAUUAUUUUUAGGGUGAGGGGGGUAGGUAGGAGUUAUAUUUUUUGGGGGAGGGGGGUGACUAGGGGAUUGGGGACCCCUAGUCACCUGGGGGGUUACAUUUUUAUUUAGGGCCCCCACCCGCCGCUCAGGGGUGGGUGCCAGGGGGAGGACAAUAGGUCCCCCCCUAAUUGGUAUUUAGAGCCCCCACCCACCGCUUAGGGGUGGGGGCCAGGGGGUAGGACAUUAGGUGUGUCCCCCCCAAUUUUUAUUUAGGGCCCCCACCCGCCGCUCAGGUUCCCCCCAUUGGUAUUAAGGGCCCACACCCACCGCUCAGGUGUGGGGGUCAAGGGGAGGAAAUUAGGUCCCCCCCAAUUUUUAUUUAGGGCCCCCACCCACCACUCACGGGUGCGGGCCAGGGGGGGGACAUUAGGUACCCCUUUAUUCUAAUUUAUGGCCCACACUCGCCGCUCAUGGGUGAGGGCCAGGUGGGGGCGGGUGGAGGACAAUAAGUCCCCCCCUUUUUUGAAUUUAGGGCCCCCACCCACCGCUCAUGGGUGGGUGCCGGGGGGAGGACAACAGGUCCUCCCUUAGUUUACUUUAGGGCCCCCACCCGCCGUUCAGGGGUGGGGGCUCAGGAUGGGGAACCUUUUUUAUUUAUUUUUAACAGUGAGCAGUCAUAGGCUGCUCACUUUUUAAUAGAUAUGCCCCUACUCACGGUAUAGCGAGUAAGGGCAUAAUUUACGAAUACUAAGUAAUCUUUACUUAGUAUUAGUAAAUUUGUCUGAAAGACCAAUUCAGGUCUUAUAGCCUUUUCAUUCCUGUCAUUACAUUGACUGGCUUAGUAACUUAGCCCUUUCCAGGACUUUUUUAGAGCCAUUUUAGUGCCCAAAAGUUCGGGUACCCAUUGACUACAAUGUGGUUCGGGUUCGGGGUCACGAUCGGCCGAACCCGGCGAACCCGAACAUCCAGGUGUCCUCUCAACUCUACUGCUGUACAAUGUUCAUUCUCUACCUACUGAUGAAACAGAGACCAAUUAAUACAUAUCCACCUAUAGCCUGGCUUUUAUUCCUCCGCCUAUCACAUUUCUUAACUGUUAUAUCCUGUACAGGUUUUCUCAAUAUCUAUUAUCUUCUUCCUUUGUUCAAACAAGACUGUCCUUUUGGGUUUUGAUAAAUUCAAAGUUUGAAAGGUAUGCCGAAGGCGCGAGGAAGUGUGUUUUUAGCUUUAUCAGUACUGGUACUUUUUCACUUGUGUUCAGCAACACUGACAUCUUGUGGUCACACUUUUAAUUACAUUAAUACAAAUUAGGUUUUACUGUUGAAAAUAUGGUCAGCGGAAUUAUAUCCCUCUACUAAUCCAAGUUGAAUCAUAAAGUUUAAUUUAUACUCUUUUCUUUCAGUUUGUCAUAGUCUCAUAAGCUAUUGUCCGGUUAGUCCAUCAAAUUUUUUAAUUUUCUGUGGUAUACCUCCAUAAACCCAUACAAAAAUACUGAGAAACUCUCACCACCUCCUACUACUCUCUUAGAAAAGGAAAGAUAAUGGCAUUACUAGUUGGCCUCUUACCUCCUUAUCUAUUGUGUUUUUUGCAAGGUGUGCUAAGAGUCCCUGAUAUUAUGGUAUAUAGCACGGUCAGGUUGGGAGGUAAGAAUCUCAUCAUUAUGCAAUGUGCUUUUGGGACAUUUUAUUAAAAGAAGGUGCUUCCGUAAAAUUCCAAGUUUUCCAGCUGUGAAUAUAAAUCUACUCUGAUAUACUAUAUGAUAUAUGGUUCUACUAUAAACAGAGUGAAUAGAUAUUUAAUAAAGUUGCCAAAGGUGAAUUCCGAUCCUUUUAGUGGUGGCCAUUUAUCAAACACACUAAUCAUACUCUCCAUUAUUAUUUAAUUUGCCAGGCAGAAUCCCGUUAUUUCUCAAUAAUCCCAAUGUAUUAACAGUCCUAAAUUUUAACUUUAUGGGUUUUUUUUCCUAUUCUUUGGGGAUUAAAUAAUCACCAGGUUUAACUUGUGUUUAUAGAAACUUGUUUUAGUUCUUCUCAGCCAGAAUCACUUUCUUACAAAGUAUAUUGUGUUUAUUUUGCAACUUUUGUGCAAUUUCAAAUCUCAUUCCCAAUAUUUUCCAUUUCACUAUUUGUGUUCUGUACUUUUAUUGUGAGUGCCCCUACAGUAACAUCAGUAGCCGUAUAUUAGAUACAUUGUAAUCUCUAUGUGAGCUCCUCACUGGGACUGGUAUCUCCAGGGGUUAAUUAUGCAUUAACAUUCCACGCACUGCACAUGGGGUGAACAAUAUGGUAUGAGUCAAUAGUCAGGCCUCUAGUCAGUAAUAUUGGGUCCCAGAGGACUCCACUUUUUAUUUAAUUUUAUCAUUUGCAUCAACAGAAAUAGCCAGUCGGCUUUGUCUGCAAACUGAUCGUCUCUCAAUGGGAUGUGUGGGAGGUUUGUAAUUGUGAAUUAGAUUUUUAUGUCGUUUCUAAUGUGUGAAGAUAGCGGCAGCUGAUAAAAUUCAAUAACAAGUUGGAAUCAGGCGGUAACUAGCCACUAACGACUUCCAUUAUACUCUAUGAAAGCCAGUAACAGUAAAGUCAGUAAUUCCCAGUUGCUAAUGGUAAGAUUUUCCAGUUGGGAAACAGACAAUACUCACUAAGGUUUGUAACCGCUGGUGGUUCCCUUAUUUACCACUAUAAUGUCUUAAAGCAUAGAACUUAGUAGGGCUAACCAUACAGAUAUCUUAGCCAUAAUUUUAUAUAGUGUAAGAGAUCCUCUAUUUAACAUAUAUAAAUAAUUGAGAAUACAAUAUAAAAUAAGGAUUGUCUUGGAAGCAAGAUUGUCUUUUGGAUAUUUAUUAUAUAAAAAAUAUAAAAUCCAUUAUAGCAGAGUUUAUAAGAUUAAAUUACAUGCUUGCAAAUAUCAUUAAUAGGUUAACAUACCCUUCUGAACAUGUCAUCAUGUCAGCCUCUCUGUCAUUUUAAGAUGGAAAAGGCGUCUGUCUCCAAGUCUCUCCUCUGUAUCUUAACAUUUAAAAGUACACCUAUUUAUACCUUAGGUGUCUCCAUUUUAGGUUACUGUAGUUUAAAUAUGAAAAAGUAACACUUCUUUUACUUUAUUCAAUUUAGGACCUCCCUUUAUUUGGCAAACAUACAAGACCAUAACUAAAGGGUGUAUACGUCAUGGAAAUUUUCCUGACUUAGUUCAAGAUGGCAUCUUAAAGUCUGAAUAGGUUAUCUGUUGUUCAUACUAAGUCGAAGGUGUACAGUAGUGGGAGAUUCCCAGAUUUGGGGAAGUUCCAUUAACUUGGGGUUACCACAGUAUAUUGUGUACUGCAAGUGUCGUAGCAUAGCCUUGAAGCUUGUUUAUGCAUUAUUGUUAUUGUAAUUCGUCUGGGACAAAAUGGCGCAAACAUAUUAUGCACUGAGGUUAUUGCUUAAAGAAACAGUUAUGAAAAACAAUAUGUUCCAUUUCUAACACCUUGUCAGUUUGCAAUAUCUCUUAAAGACAAAGUACACAGUUUAAGAAAUACAACAUUUCCUUCUAAAACUUGUAAUAUUUGCAUUUGCCCGUAACACCCUUUCCAUUAAACUGUGGGCAUUGUAGCGCAUUUCUUCCUUAAAUUAGUGAACCAAAGUUCUCCAACUGUCUUUAGGUUUUUUGUGCUCCCAGCAUCUUAGAUCAUUGUUGUAGCAGUAAAAUAUCCAUAGUGUGAUCUUUGCCUGUAAAGGUGGUUGAUUAAAAUGAGCAAAGCUUUUUUGUCUGGGAAAGAAUUGAAAAGAACACCAAGUUCCAGAGUAAGAUAUACUUGGAUGGAUCCGGAUACGAAUUGUAAUCCAAAAUUAAAAAUAGUAAUUGUAUUUGUAAUCCAAAGUCUUUAAAGGCCUAUAGAAGUUUACAUUCCUUACAUACAUUGCUGGAGGUUGUGUUUGUAGAAUACCCGGGUAUUUGUUGUAGAGUAUAGGUUGUAGAGUCCAGCUUUCCAAAUAUUUGGCUAGAAUUGGUUGCGGAUAUUGAUCAGCAUCAUCUGUUAUCACUGUGGUGAUGGCGUUGGUAUUUGUCUUUGUCUUUUUUUAUUUUGUUUUUUUCAUGAAACAUUUUUUACACCAUUUAUGAUGUGUAUAGAUUGGAUACUCUCCGAUGUUCUUUUACGGAAUAAAUUAAUUGACAGCAUUUCCAAGACACUGUCUUAAGUGACAUGGAUCCCAUUAUAGUAAAUGUUAUGUUGAUACAGCAAUCGAAGUGGAUUCUCAAGAACGCCUCUUUUUGCUGUAUUGGAAUCUUUGUAAAAUCUCAGUGAUAGACAUCUCACUGACAUCAGGUGCUGUUGUGCUAAAAAUGUUAACAGGUAAAAUCUGUGGAAAAAUCUUUACAUUUGUUAUACUUUGUAUAAUAAUGAUAGAUGAAAUAGUAACAUAGUUAAUCUUUCUAGUGUUUUGUAUUAAAGAUAAACACCCAUGUAUAUGAUUUAGAGAUAUAAGGAUAAUUUGAAGCAGCAAAGUAUUUACCUCCCUUGUUCCCAAUGGUAUGUAAAAUUACAUCCUCUUUAAAUGUUAAAAAUACUCCUUUAUUCAAAAUAUCUCAAUCUAUUUAGAAUAGUUGAUAAUUGGAAAUAUGACGUUAAUUAUCUUUCUUUGUCCUGUUAGGGAGAAGACAACUUAUUCCCUAGUUAUUAGUAAAUAUAAUAACUACAGUUAUUAGUGGCUUAAAAUACCAGAAACACCCAAAUAUUGUCUUAGAAAACAUUUUUUUUUUUUUUUUAACCAAGAUCUGACAGCCAUUGUGGAAAGUUACAUUCGUGAGAUUGGAUGCUUAACAAUGUGAAUCUUAAUUGUUUAAGUAUAUUUUACAGUGGCUGUUGGAUGUAGCUUAAGAUGAUUACAAUGUUUUAUUAUUUCUAAAAGUGAGUUAAGAAAGCACUCAGAUACAAUAUUGAAUGUAUUUAUAUGUUAGCUCUACCUUUGUAUAAGUGGUUUUAUGUACCUUUAACCAUUACAAACCAAAUAACAUUUUCUUUGUAUUUGAAAAACUGAUAAAAUAUUUGAUUACGUGUAUUUUAAUAUAUAUACAUAGAGUGGUAUGGAUGUUGAAUUUAUAUCUUUGACAUCUUUUUACCAGUUUGCAAUAGGUGACCUAAAUGAUCAAUUUCCAAAAUCAUCAUGUAUAUCACCUGGAUGGGUUAAUCCAUAAUACUCUUUUACUUUCCAUUUACUGGCCUUAGCUCUGGCAGACUGAAUAUUUUUAUCAUUAUAAUAAACUUUAUGAUAGUUGAAGUAAAGUUUCUGCCUGUCUUACAGUUAAAUUUUAACUGUUGAAGUAUUUCACUUAUAUUAAUUAUACCACUCUGCAAACGAAUAUUGAGUAGUUUCUGAUUUAAUAAAAACAUUUUACAUUUUCUUCCUAAGUUUAAACAUUAUUCAUUAUUGCAGUUGUUAUUGCAGUCAUAUGAUCUUUAACUAUCAUGAUUCCAUUAUUUAUCUGGGUAAUCAGCUAUUAUGCUCUUAUACGUAAGUUUAAUAUAUUUGUUUGUAGGCCAGACUGCAGCUGCAUAUGGCAUUCUAGCAAUAAUCUUCAAUUGCGUUUCAGAUAUUCACAAAGUCUAUCCACCUUUGUAAUUAACACAUUAUGUGUUUAUUUUAUACCAUUAAUUAUAGUAUCUGUAUUAUAUUACACAUUGUCACUGACACAUUUCUGAUACAGGGAAAAAAUAGCAUGAUUGCUUUAGUAAUUAUAAUUUUCGGUCCAUGCACCACAUUCCUGGAAGUCCAGAAUAUAGCAAGAAUCCUUUGUCGUUUGAUUCUAUGGAGCCGUUUAACAUUUUGAUUGGUAUAGUUAUACCAAAAGAGCAAGGAGUACAUCGACGGUAGAUCACAUCUGCAACAGAACCAUUACAGAUUCCUUGUUGUAUCAAUGUCUCUGUGUUUAUGUUUACAGGAGUUCCUUGCUUUGCAGGUAUGUACAUAAUAUGUAGAGUUUUAGAAAAGCUGCAAAUCGUGCUUUAGUACAAGUGUCCCGUGAUGUCAGGUUUCUGAAAGAUUUUGCUGGUCUUUUUAUAUUUCAUUCUCUUUGCAGGGCAUCUGCUCUUAGUAGGCCGGUAUUGUUAUUAUUUAUUAAUUGCAUCAAGGUUUCUUUCGUUAAUUGAUGUGUUUCUACCAAAUUCAAAUUCAUAUGCCACCAAAUGUCAUUGUAAAGUUCAUUGUUACAGAAUAUUGUUCCAGGAUGGUUUUUUCACUCCAGUAGGAAAUCUAUUUUCCUCUUCUUCUGCUCCUUCCUAUUAACCCCUUUUUCUGAGUUGUAGGUAACAAUCUGUGUCUUGUACUGUGAGGUGCUUUGAUAGUCACUCAGGUUUUCUCAGUACCAUGUUCCAUCUUAAGAAAUAGCUGGUUGUUGACAGUUAUCAGCCUUUAUUUAUUUUUCCGGUCAUCUUCUGUCUGGAAACAUAAUAGCAAUGUCCAGAAUUAGCAUAGCACUUCUUUUCAGCAUAAGAAGGCUGCUUGCGGUAGUCACUCAAUGAUAAGCUAUAUGGCAAAGUCUUUUCUUGCAUCACCUUCAUAGGUGCAUCCAAAGUCUUUCAUAAGCAUCUUUCCCGUCUUUUUCUGUUUUCAGUAUGCUUUGCAUCAUCGUUGAGUCCAUUAUUAGGAUUUGUAAUAGUCCAAUCACAUCUUUCUCAUGUAUAAUCGGUUUUUGGAAUGAUCUCAAUAGGUUCCUUGGGAAAUACCAGUGUAGGCAAUCAUUUCACUGUGAGCUAUGUCUCUCCUUUUGAGAUGGUUCUUGGAGGAAGUCCUCACGAUCACAGAACUUGUAUAGUGUGUAGUCCAAUUCAGUUCAGGUGCUUCCUGCUUGUUAACAUAAUCCCAAUGCAGUUUUAAAACAACAGCUAAGGUUGAUGUUAUGAUAAUGCUGCAGACUGUAAGAAGGAGACUCCAAUUUUCUAGCAUCCUUUUGCUUCCAUCUUUGAAUUUCUUUCUUACUGUAUAAGAUAAUUCAGGUUCAGUCUGUUUUCUCCAGAGUCUUUUUUAUAAUGAUGUUGAUGAUUCAUUUUUCAUACAUUCCAUGUUAACUGUGAAUGUAUCACGUCUGUCUGUUCAUCCUUCUCCUCCACAUUUGCAGGUUCAGAAGUCAGAUCAUGAUUCAGUCUGUUACGUGGCUAUGAUUCUGGUGGCUGUGUUUUGGUGGCAUUUCUGUCGUCCUCUAUUUGUUUUAUCUUGUCAUCUUUAACAGCAUCCAUUGUGUCAGUCAGUGGUUCUGUGAACGUCCUGGAAGUAUUUUAGCAGGUUGUAAAAUAUCAGAUUCACUGUUCUCUGUUGGCUCUGAUUGUUCUCUGUAGUAAAAGUUCUCGGAGUCACCCUCUCCAGGACAAGCUGGCCAACAGAAGGAAAUAGGUGGUGGUGCAAGGCGAGGUGGGCUGGAAAAAAAAAUUCCCUAAAUUUCUCUAAUAGAACCAAUGGAUCUAAGCUCUCCCUGGUGCAGAAAUAUAAUUGUCAGUGAAAAAACAUGUAACAUUUCAUAUGGUGUCUCACCAUUUGUAUCAUCAGGUAUGUUGUGAAUGCUUAUCUGUACCAUAGGAAUAAAUAGAUACCACUGUGUGGGGCAAGCAACUAGUAACUUGGUUAAUAAUCAUUUAACCUCAGCAUUUUCCCAGACCACAACCCCACUACUUUGGGGGUGGUUGGGGCACUGAAAUCCCAAAGUAACCCAAAUGUAGUUGCCCAGUUUUAGGUUUCCUUUGCAGUAAGUGCAGGACCACAAUCCAAAUGGAUGGUCCUGGGAUUAUCAAAUGCAUACUAAGGAAGUGAGACUAGAAAACGUGGCAUCAGAGGUUGCACUUCGCACAGGAUAUAUCCAAGUAAACCUGGUACAUGCAUCAACACAUACAAAAACAUAUUUAUAACCAUGAGAUGUUGGCAAACUUCCAAUAUAUAGUAAUUCAAAAAGUACGUUAGAUAUUAAUAUUUCAAUAAACAGUACAUCAGUAAUAUGGCAAUAAGCAAAUGCUUAUGAUUACUAAACACAUGAAUUACAGUAUUUCCCAUAUUGUGACCACCAAUAUCCCUUUUCAGGAGUCAGACGUACAUUACCUCUCUCUAUAAGAGCUUGUCCUAGCCAUGAAAAAGCUUUUAGGGCAAGUCUAUCUUUCCUCUAUAGGAAGAACAACCAACAUAUUGCCUUCAAUGGUUAUUAUGUAAUUAACCCCUCUAAAUGAUAGGAGUAUUUAUACGGAUACCAGGUGGAUAAGGUCUGGAUAUCCUUGCAAGCAUAAACUCUGCAUCAUGACUGAGAGAUAGGGUAUGCGAUGUGAUCCAGUGACCACAGAAAAGUGUUGGUAGACACAUUGCAUCAAAGUGCCUGUUAAUGACCAACUACAUGAGGAGAGGGACCAUGCUUUGUUAUAAGCAUGUCCAUACACGUAUUACAAUGCCAGGCUUUCAAUUUGUUACCACAAAGCAAAAUGCAGUUGUGGAUAUAAACUCACAACGUAGCAUAAGAAAAACUGUUUAAACACCAGACUGAGACUCGAGAUCAGUGGACCAAAAUAGAUAAAUGAAAUCCUAUUAAUUAAUAUAAUUUCUUUAAAUUACUUUAUCCUCUGUAUUAACUAUGAAAUAUUAAAGUUAAAACAAUAACAUUUAAAAGCCAACUUUUAGUGUGGAUAGGAAUUACAAGGCCGUUCAUAAUGUGAGAUAAAGAACAGCUUUUUUAAAAUCCAAAUAGUCUGUGAACACAAAAUGACCUUGCGCCGAAAAUUCACUUGCAGGGGAAAAACAAAACCUUCUUUUUUUCUUUUUCUUUAGUAAGUUAAUUAAUUAAUUAAACAUAGUUCGAACCUCCAUCAAAGUCCCGAUGACUUUGCAAGAAACAUGUCGUCCUUAAAUACUGGGUAAGUCUAUUAAACAGUGACAUAGCAUUGUUACCCUGUGUAUUAUUUUGUCACAGCUAUAAUGUGCAGUAUUACAAACUAUUCAUAAGUGUUGUGCAAACUGUUCAUUAAAAGCCAGCGGACUAGUGAGCUAUAGAAUAUUUAUUUAUUCUUUAAAGCUCUGACCUCAAUCGGCAAAGCAAUGUUGUAAUGGUGUCCAUUGCAAUCUGCUGUCUUACUUGGUGCUCUUAAAAAUUCUGAAUAUGUUCGGAGAUUUCUUGGGCAAUAAUAAAUCCCCCAAAACAACAACUUUGCAUUUAUGCUAAACCUGCCUGUUGUAAACGUAUUCUGUAUAUUUCUUGACAUAAGUACUUGUACUUAAAUCUGUUUAAUAAAGCUGUUUAUAUUGUGGUGUAAAAUAAAUAUAUAUUUUUAUUUUUAUUUAUUUAUUUUAACAUUGCUUAAAUUUUAAAGAUACCUGCAUAUUUAAUUAAAUAUCCUUUAUAUGUCUCUAAGGCAUAAAAUGUCUGCAAAUUAAGAUUAUAUACAAAAAUGCAUGUUCUGGGUGUUCCGUGAUUCCUUUUCUAUCAUUUAUUUAUUUAAAAAAAUUUAAGUCUGGAAUCUGAUUCCUUUUGGGAUGAGCACCCCUCUGAGCCUCCCCGUUUCAGAGGCUUCUUUGGAGGUGACCACUGAAAAGUAUAGAUUCUAUAAAAUAGAUGUGAGGGGGCAUUGGACAGUAAUGUCACUUUAAUUAUACUUUUCAUAUAGCAGUUUUGUGAUAUGCAAUGUGAUUUAAUAUAUCAGAGUAUUAUCACUUUAAUUGACACUGCAUUUUUUUAUGCAUUAUUUAUGCAUUUUUUUAAUUAUUUUUUAAGGUUUAAUGUCUGUUUAGAAUAUUGCAGGCUUUGCAAUAUCAAAUUAAUUUUGCAUUAUAUAUAUUCACAGUGCUCUUACAACAUAUUAUUAAAAUUAGCCUCUUUCAGAAUUAUAGAAUAUGUGGUGGAACUGAAUCCCCAUAUAUGAGAUUUGAAACUGUAUUUUUGAUUUCUACGCUGUGCCCUGAUCAGUAUUUAUAUACAUAAUUGCAGCAGCAUAUAGCUUUUAAAGAAGCAAUCAUUUCACUCAUCAUGUGUGGUUGACUGUGGACUUUUUAAAACCUACUUUUAAUUUUUUUUAUAAAUCUGUUUCUUGCUUUGAGAGAGCAGGCUGCUGAAUGCAUGUAAAUGCUCUUAAUGCUUAGUCUCUAUACAUUUAUUUAUUUAAUCGUAUUUUAUAAAAACCUAGUUUAUGAAAUUCACUGAGAUUACAUGUGUGUGAUCUGAUUACAGUCAGUAGUACAAUAUAAUUGUUCUAAUUUCCUUACUGCUAGCACUACAGGUACUGUGGGAUAGUACCACUGAUUUAAGUAAGCUUUCCCUUUUAAAAUUGGUGGACUUUAAUCCUGCCAUUGCAAUAGACUAAAUACUGUACCUGAGUAAGCAAAGUCAUUAUGUGCAGGAAUUGUGCACUUUAAAUAGUAGAAUACUUAUGCUAUUCUAGUGAAUUGGGCUGGCUGCUUAACACAUCAUUUAGUAUCUUUUGGUCACAUUUAAAGCUGUAAAUGUAUUUAACAUUUUAUUUAAAUAAGCCUUUAAUAAUUUCAGUUUAAAAGUUAUCAGAGAUCCUGUAUAGUUACCAUUUUAUUUAGCCCUGAUUUAUCUUACAUAUAUAUUAUUUUUAAUCAUUUUAUCAAUAUUUAUUUUCGCAGAGCAUUUAGAGAAGCAAAGGAUGUAUAACCACCUGUUGCCCUUUUUUAUAGGAGGGUAGUAUAAUUUCAACACUGUUUGUUUAGGAAAAAAUAUGAGCUAGUUAUAUAUUAUAUAAAAUAUAUGCUGCAGUGUACUGCAUUGAAUGUAUUUAAAAGCCAUGUAUUUUUCUUUAUGGCUGUAUGUAAUAAUGUUGUUCAUAAUUUGGAAUAUAAAACAACGACUUCUCAAUUCCUUGGAAUGUUUACAUGUCUCUAUCUCCGCAACCUUGGCUGGAAAUUCCAGACUCCAAAAAUAGUUAUGCUGUUAUAAUUCCUGAUUUUUAAUCAACAGCUAGCGUAACUGACAAUAUGGAAAAUAUCACUGUUUUAUAAAACUUUUCAUAUAUAGUGGACUGUCUGUCUGUUGCAUGAAUGUUUUCAUUAAGCCAUAAUGCAAUUUUCUUUGCAUUCUUGGAAUUAGACUUCAAAUUUCAUCGCUCUGUCUGAUCACUUUUCUUUUGACAACAUUUUGCAUUAAUCUUUUUCCUGUGCAAGCAUACUAAGCAGCUACAAAGAGAACAUAUCCCCCUGUCUGCAAUCCACUGUCCUGGAACUAACGGGCCAUGCUAUGCUGGUGUAUUAGGCAUUUGUUCUAUUAUGAUAUUAGUUAAGAUCCACAAUUUCAGCAUUGUAUGCUAAUAACAUUGUACCUGGCACCUGAACUCACAGUGCCUUGUUCACAUUAAAAUCAUCUCUAAUGAUCUCUCUCUGUGUCUGGGCUACAAGUAGCUCAAUAGAUUCUUGAUAUUUCAAGACUUGUGCAAUGACAAAGUAUUGUGUCUUCUCUUACGUAUAAGAGGUUACCUAGGUAUUUAUUUUAUAUUUAAAGCUUCCAAGCACAAAGUCCCUUCGUGGUCGCCAAUUGUAACCGCUGGUUACCACUACCCUUAUUUACCACUAUAAUGUCUUAAAGCAUAGAACUUAGUAGGGCUAACCAUACAGAUAUCUUAGCCAUAAUUUUAUAUAGUGUAAGAGAUCCUCUAUUUAACAUAUAUAAAUAAUUGAGAAUACAAUAUAAAAUAAGGAUUGUCUUGGAAGCAAGAUUGUCUUUUGGAUAUUUAUUAUAUAAAAAUAUAAAAUCCAUUAUAGCAGAGUUUAUAAGAUUUAAAUUACAUGCUUGCAAAUAUCAUUAAUAGGUUAACAUACCCUUCUGAACAUGUCAUCAUGUCAGCCUCUCUGUCAUUUUAAGAUGGAGCAGCGUCUGUCUCCAAGUCUCUCCUCUGUGUCUUAACAUUUAAAAGUACACCUAUUUAUACCUUAGGUGUCUCCAUUUUAGGUUACUGUAGUUCAAAUAUGAAAAAGUAACACUUCUUUUACUUUAUUCAAUUUAGGACCUCCCUUUAUUUGGCAAACAUACAAGGCCAUAACUAGAAGGGUGCAUACGUCAUGGAAAUUUUCCUGACUUAGUUCAAGAUGGCAUCUUAAAGUCUGAAUAGGUUAUCUGUUGUUUAUACUAAGUCGUAAGUGUACAGUCGUGGGAGAUUCCCGGAUUUGGGGAAGUUCCAUUAACUUGGGGUUACCACAGUAUAUUGUGUACUGCAAGUGUCGUAGCAUAGCCUUGAAGCUUGUUUAUGCAUUAUUGUUAUUGUAAUUCGUCUGGGACAAAAUGGCGCAAACAUAUUAUGCACUGAGGUUAUUGCUUAAAGAAACAGUUAUGAAAAACAAUAUGUUCCAUUUCUAACACCUUGUCAGUUUGCAAUAUCUCUUAAAGACAAAGUACACAGUUUAAAAAAUACAACAUUUCAUUCUAAAACUUGUAAUAUUUGCAUUUGCCCGUAACAGGUUUAGCUUAUAAUGGCUGGUCCGUAAAACGUACCAGCAACGUUGGAAACAAACUCCAAAUCCUAACAAGAUGCUUCCUAUGUUCAGUUAUAAAAUAUUAUUCUCAGUGUUUGAUCUCUCCAUGCCGGUCAUUUUAACAUUUCUAAUCCAUCAGAAUAUUUUCUGUGUGUGUAUUAAUUAUGGCAUUUAGUUUCAUCAUCUAUCACAUGAAGACUAGAGAAAUCACAGCACAUGGAGAGAGAGAGUGAAGAACACACACGAUACCAGCUUGGCGUGAUCAUCAAAGACAAUGUCACCUAUUGCAUCUACUGUGACCCUACUAGAACUAUCCAGGCAUUGUGUGGAAUGUCCACCUAGAGUUGUCAAGGCAUUAUACAUAAUGUACCAAAGUGAGUUUAGUACAAUCUGGAUAUAACGUCCAGACUCUACUAAUCAAAUGAGUGGAGCGCUAAAGGUAUAAACUUACCCUAAAAUAGGGUUAAAUCUCAGAUGUAUAUCAGUACAUAUAAAGGAAACGAAAAAUAAAACACAAUAUAGUGUAAAUCCACAGGUGAUAAUGUAUUUUGGUGAUAAUUCAAGUAGUCAAACUCACAUUGAUCAGAGCCUCAAAGGGACAGGCUCAAAUCACUUGCACAGUAGUGUCGUAUGGAGACACUGCACCCUUUUGCUUGGAAUGGAUUUCCUCAAAGUAGAGAGAAAGGGAGACUUCCUAGUGUAUUAAUUUUCAACAAAAAUAAAAGACACAUUGGGUAUGGUUGUGCUCACCUUUUCCUGAGCCAAUGAGAACCUGGCUCUGGAUGAUAGACCUGGGUACCUCUAGAGGGGGGCACCUGCCCUUCUUUAGCAGCAAGAUGAAGUUACAUAAUGCACACAUUAUUGAGUCAUGUCAUUUAAUAGAAUGUCCAUAUAAAUGCUUCUAGGCAUUAUAUAUAAUGUGUUUAUAAACUUGUCUCCGCAUUCUAUAGAAUGUCUGUAUAAUUAUAUCUGGGCAUUACAUAGAAAGUCCAGCUAAACCAGUCUGUGGAUUGUAAUAGAUGCUGCACACAAGAGCAUAAUGUAUUGUAAAAUGGGCGUCAUCGCUCAUAAAGCAGAUGGAGUAAUGUGUGUUUGGGUUAGUUGAGCAGGCAGAGUGUUUAGGGUCACAGCUAUAUAAAAUGUCUAGAUUUAAACAUCACCUUUAACCUGUGAAUGUAUGGUGGAAACUAGACUCCCUAAAAAAAGUCUUAAAAGAACGCUUCAAACACCAUAACCACAACAGAGUACAAUAAUGGUUAUGGUGCCAAGAGUACCCUGUAUCCCUUUUUUGUAAGUAGCCAAACUGUUUUAGAAUGGUUUGACAACUUACCUGAGGUAUAUUGGGAACUGCACCCCACCUCACUGCAGCCUUACAAGAGCCAGAAAUUCCUACGUAGGAAUCCAGGGCUAACUCACAGGCUCAGAGCGUAGGCUGAUAACUUUCAGCCAAUGAGCCAAGUCCUGUUUCGCCAGGCUGAGCACAAAGUAAAAUCUUUUAGCUAGAGAGGGGGCUGCAUUGGAGGCUGUAAUAAAAGGGUUUGAGUACUUAUAUUGUGGUGGAUCAGUGCAGUUAUGGCUGGUAUUUGGGGGAAUUCCAAUAAUAAUAAUAAUAAUUUUGUAUCAUAAUUUAGAUGUAAAAACUAAAAUAACUAAAUAUGUUGACAUUAACUGUUAGUUGGCAUUAGCAAAGAAUCUGCUGGUAUUUGGGGAUUCAAAAUUACAAAAUAUACCAGCAGAUUAUAAAUAUAUCUUUAUAUGGGUAAAGACCAAGAAUCUAAACAAAAAUAGCUGCAAAAACUCACUAGAAAUAGCCAUUUCUCCACACAGUAAUAUUAACAACUAACACAUUAUAGGGAUGUGCUUGCACUCAAAAAGUGAAACAAAACUUUUUUUUUUUAAAAUUCUUUAUUUUAUUUGUGCAUCGAGUUAACAAGCAGUUUUGCACUGCCACAACAGCUGGUGCAAACAUAAAGGAAACAUGCAGUAACAGUAGUGUAGCAUCAGGAACAUUGCACAUUUUUAAAUUAUAGCAGGAGUAACAUAUUAGACAUAUCAGGCUGCGGCACAGUGCUAGUGGUAGCUGUAGUUAGGUUAGCUGGGUGCUCUAACGCACUGGGAAUGUGUAGGUCUUUUGAUUAAAGGCACAGCACCCAUGGGUGUCAUCAACUAUGUUAAAGCAGUUAACCCUUAAUGGCACAACGGCUGGGUCUUUUUAGAUGUCAGGCUAUACAUUGACACUGCCGGGUAUGGCGAUCAGUAGGUAGUUAGGGAGUAUUAUAUCCUUGGUGUCUAGGCUAGUUAUAUUCCCCGCAGGUCGCCAUGCAGCUGAGGGCAUCUAUGGAGGGCAUGCUUAAUUGUUAUGAUUAUAAUGGAAAACUUAAGGCUAUGCAAAUAGAGCGACAGACAAAAAACAGUUCUGGCUAACAUUAGAAGUGGCUAAGGAGGCUUUCGGUAUAUAAACUAAGCAUCUCCCAGGGGUAUGUAGCUGCUGUGGGAGUUUAUAUACUUUGUCAUAAGUUCAUUCAGCCGAGGCCCGGGAGUGGUUGGGGUCAGCGACCCGGUAACGUGAGAGUCUUAGGUGCUGCAACCCUUGUUUGGACCAAUGUAGCUUGCCAGUACAUUGGGGGAGUGGGGCUGGUGGUUGCAUACCCCUCUCCCGUGGGCCUGCAGGGCUAAGUCCACACGAUUGAAGGAUAGUGGAUGUAUUUCGCCCCUUGUUGUGCCUUCUGUUUCUUGCGCCGUCCGGUCACAAAGGUCUCUUCUGAUUUCCAGCAUUUCGGUGUGGUAGACUCGGGUGUGCCCUCAGAGCUGCUGCAGGGGGUCGGCGCUUCAGCACGGGUGAUGAUCUCUGCCUUGAAGCUCGGGGCUCUCCUCUGCUUUGCCUGCCAGUGACGUCCCUUGUAGGGGGUGCUCGUGGCGUACCACAGGGUGAGUCGGGACUCUAUAUUUUCACCAUCUCGGGUGACCCCUGCUUCUGCGGAGGAGAGAGGGCAGGCAGGUGUCCCAGCUGGGCGGGAGAGGGUUCCGUAGUCCCGGCUUUUGCGUUAGCCAGUGUCAGCACUGGGGUCUGGCUGUUUUUCUCCAGCCGCCUCCAGAACCGCCUGCAGACAGCAUCAAAUUUUGCCAUGAAGGCCUCUGCCCAGUCGUUUGCGGCUGCUGCGGUGCUGUCGGCCAUCUUGGCCCGGCCUCGUGGCUCUCAGUUCAAAUUGCACCCUGGAGCGACUCGGAGGUGAGUGCUCCCUGCGUGAAGGUGGACCAAGAUAACCCCCACCGGUCCAAGGGGGAGGGGGAGGGGAGGGGAAAGACCCCUGUAUGCGUUGUCAGCUUUGUGUGGCGUCAGGAAGGCGUCCGUCCCUCCCGCGCCUGCCAUGUGGGUAGGCCUUGGGCCUUUGCCAAGUGGAUUUUGCUUGUCUGGUAGCUUGAUUGGUAUCAUAUUAAUCUUCUCGGUGUAUCCCCACAUUUGGAGGCUUUUCUGACACGAUUGAUCGCUGGUUUGACUGUGAUAAACAGCUUUAUUUGUUGCUUGCUGCAGGAGCUACUGUGGCUAACGUCCUCAAAACAAAAAUUUUUUAUGUCAUUUAACAAAUACGGGACUUCUCAGAACAUAACCUCACCACACAUACAGGACUCCAUGUCACCCCAUCUCAUUAAUAAACUCGACAAGAAGCUCUGUCCAAAUAUUCUGGCUGUUAGAUUGAACAACAAGAUACUUUUUAAUACUUACACUAUCUCUUGUUACUCACAUUUAGAAACAGGUAUAGAAUGAAUUAACUCAUUAAAAGUGAUAGUAUAUCAUAUUUAUAAUGAUUUAAUCAAAUUCCCGUUUCUUGUUGAAUUUCAAUGGCCUCUUUGAACAUUUUGUUUUUCAGGUCAGAACUCAUAAUAAAUAAUACUAAAGCUGUUUCAGCACCCUGGACAGAAACCAGCAUUAAGUGCUGUGUCCUAUAUGGAGCAUCACAGCCUCACUGUGUCUUUUAUCUCCCCUAUUAGAUUAGUUACUGUGUAUUCUAUCUCCCCUAUUAGAUUAGUUACUGUGUAUUCUAUCUCCCCUAUUAGAUUAGUUACUGUGUAUUCUAUCUCCCCUAUUAGAUUAGUUACUGUGUAUUCUAUCUCCCCUAUUAGAUUAGUUACUGUGUAUUCUAUCUCCCCUAUUAGAUUAGUUACUGUGUAUUCUAUCUCCCCUAUUAGAUCAGUUACUGUGUAUUCUAUCUCCCUAUUAGAUUAGUUACUGUGUAUUCUAUCUCCCCUAUUAGAUCAGUUACUGUGUAUUCUAUCUCCCCCCUAUUAGAUCAGUUACUGUGUAUUCCAUCUCCCCUAUUAGAUUAGUUACUGUGUAUUCUAUCUCCCCUAUUAGAUCAGUUACUGUGUAUUCUAUCUCCCCUAUUAGAUUAGUUACUGUGUAUUCUAUCUCCCCCUAUUAGAUUAGUUACUGUGUAUUCUAUCUCCCCUAUUAGAUUAGUUACUGUGUAUUCUAUCUCCCCUAUUAGAUUAGUUACUGUGUAUUCUAUCUCCCCUAUUAGAUUAGUUACUGUGUAUUCUAUCUCCCCUAUUAGAUUAGUUACUGUGUAUUCUAUCUCCCUAUUAGAUUAGUUACUGUGUAUUCUAUCUCCCCUAUUAGAUCAGUUACUGUGUAUUCUAUCUCCCUAUUAGAUUAGUUACUGUGUAUUCUAUCUCCCCUAUUAGAUUAGUUACUGUGUAUUCUAUCUCCCUAUUAGAUUAGUACUGUGUAUUCUAUCUCCCUAUUAGAUCAGUUACUGUGUAUUCUAUCUCCCCUAUUAGAUCAGUUACUGUGUAUUCUAUCUCCCUAUUAGAUUAGUUACUGUGUAUUCUAUCUCCCCUAUUAGAUUAGUUACUGUGUAUUCUAUCUCCCCUAUUAGAUUAGUUACUGUGUAUUCUAUCUCCCCUAUUAGAUUAGUUACUGUGUAUUCUAUCUCCCCUAUUAGAUUAGUUACUGUGUAUUCUAUCUCCCUAUUAGAUUAGUUACUGUGUAUUCUAUCUCCCCUAUUAGAUUAGUUACAGUGUAUUCUAACUCCCAUAUUAGAUUAGCAGGGCGUCCCUCAUUGCUGACCAUAGAGUGUAUGCACUUAAUGAUUUUAUUUUAUACUUUACUGCAUCUUUUGGGCAUAUAUUUUUUCUCACUAUCUGACCUGAUAGUGUAUGCACUGUCACUGUGUUUAUAUUGGAAAUACUACAUUUAUUUCAUGUCUUCACUGUUGCAGUGGUUAAAUCAGCUGUAACCUACUCUCUAGUCUAGUCCACUUAUUGUGGUAAAAUGGUUGUAUGAUAAACAGCUCUCCUUUAUAAACUUGUGUCGUGAUUGGUGAAUGUGCCUAUUAAAGUCACCACCAAUACCAGCAAUAGCAGUGACCCGUGUCUGUCCCCUUCCUAUCUUAUGGCGCUGGGCAUUAUACAGCUCCAUCCCUGCUUUACAUUGGCAGCAGGGCUGUUAUAUGUGAUCCUUAUGGCUAUGAGCGGAGUACUUGUACUCACUAUGAAUGUUGUGCUCAGUAUUUUAUGUCGGGUUAGUCUGUAUUUAUAACUGAGUGUAUUAGUGUUGGUAUAUUGAAGAUAAUAAAACUAUAGUGUGGGCGCACCUAAAAAUAAAGAUAUGUCUAUCAAGUAAUAAAAAAUAUUUAAUAAUACAAUAUAAGUGAUGACUAAUUAAUUGAUAAAAUCCAUAAGGUGACAAAAGAUAUUAAUAAACUGAUAAGCAAUCAGCAAUCUCCUAACAACGCAGUUCCAGGUAAAUAACAAUGUAUAUAUCGAAAUGUUACAAGUAGCAGUGUUCAGGAUACUGCUGUCAUAGAAGCAGCAGGACUCUGAACGCAACAAACUAAUGUGUAACAAACUGUAACACUCAAAUGUAAAUGUUACAGAAAAUAAUAAAAUACAGAUUGAAUACACUCAAAGAUGUAUUAGCAUACUCCAAAUUCUAAUGCCGUAGAAAAAACAACUAAAACCGGAAUGAAAUAAUGGGAGGAUUCAAGCUAGAGCAUAGAAAUAUCAUGGACCGGAUCUAAAUAUAUAUAUAUAACGCAAGAGGAGAACAGUAGUAAAAUAAAGAGUAAAAGAAUAGUGGAAGCAUGAAAUGCAAUAAAAAUCAAGCUACUUGCAGAACAGCGUUCAAUUAAUGGACAAAAAUGUAUAAUAAACAAGCUAGCACACAAAAGAGUUAGCACAAAAAGUCAGAGUCAAUGAUGUAAGCGGUGGGGGCCCCCCUUAAUAAAAAGUAUGCUUAGACAAAAAAAAACAAAAAACGUCAGCGUAAAAUCAAUGAGAUGAGCCGAGCCCUGGUACCUGUAUCAAACGGCAGUGACAUCCAAUGGAGGGUAGAUGUAGGAUGAAAACAACUGAUGUCUUUCUUCACAGGGGGAGUACAGCUGACUGGGACCACGUGGUAAUCCGCGGCCGGUAACUUCACAAAAGGCCGCGGCGAGCAAAUCUGGAACAGCGUUGAGGUGCUGAUAAAAAAGCCUAGUGAUACUGUGUGGAGAUCAAUCUACGCGUUUUGUCUCUUCCAAGAGACUUUAUCAAGACUGAAUACAACCUCCACUGUUGUAGUUAAAUAACUCAGAUAGAAGGUGGAACUAAAAUCUGAUAGAAUAAACCAAAUUAACCCUUGCAGGACUUGUUACUAAAGAACAACAAUCUCAUUAAACCCUGCAGGGUUAGUAAAUAUGAAAUAUCAAAGUCACAUGAAUAAAAAGUAAAAACCAACCAUAGACAUUUAAGAGAUUGAUAUAGAUCAAUUAGAAUCAAUAAAUUGUGUAAAUAGAUUAAUAUACAGAGAACUUAAUUAAAUGUGUAAAAUCAACAAUUAAACUCAGAAUAUUGGAUCAAACUACGUUAAAUUAAAAAUCAUCAGAUGUAUGUAUGACAGUCUAUUCCAAGGAAAAGCAUAAUAAAUAUAAGAUAAACGACAAAAUAUAACUAUGGAUAAUUGUCAAUUAUCCUAUAUAAAUAAAAUAAACUUAUUAAAAAAUAUAGUGAACGUGCUACUGAGGAUUUCUUAUCAUUGUGUAGGAUUGCGUAUCUGUGUUCCCUAAACCUAACUUUCAAGGGUCUUGUGGUUUUGGCCCAGAUAUUGUAAGCCACAUUUGCAAGUCAGGAGAUAGACCACAUAUGUGGAGUUACAGGUAAUUCUGUCAGUAAUAGGGUAGGUGAUCUCAUUUCUAAAUGCUCCAAAUUUUGUAGAUCUAUGGCACAUAAAACUACAAGUAAGACAUCUCAGACUCCCACAACGGAAAUUCCCAGGAGUGAUAUGAUUCUUCGGUUGGGCAUUGUUAGUGUUGAAUUUCGAAGGAGCAAAAAUAUUCUUUAAAUUCUUAUUUUACGAAAAGUAACCCUAGGUUCAUCAGGGAUGCUGAACUUGAGUAGAGGGACCAGUUUCAAAAUAGGCCAAUGUCUGCGUAAAAUGUCUAUAAUUUCAUCAUAAGCACAAUUACAAAUAGUGGAGGAUAUAUCUUUAGUGCUGAUGGUGUGUCUAUGAUGGAAAAUUUUCAUGAGGGGAUGGGCUACUUCCAACAGUUGUAUAAUCUCCAGAUGUUUGGGUGACUCCAAUGAAUGACCUAAGUUAGUCUGUGGCUCUUCUGAAAGGUGGAACGGGGAGCCAGGAAUAAGUCGUGCCCUAUCUAGAGUUAUCACUCUCUGGUAUGCUGAGAGAAUGGAUCUGGGGGGGAGGUAAACCUUCUCAAGAAAAUGGGUACUAAGAACAAGUGCCUCUGUUUCAUAGUCAUCAAUGACAGAACAGUUUCUGCGCAGUCUAGUAAAUUGUCCCUGGGGGACAUUACAUAUCCAAGUAGGAUGAUGACCACUCGUGGGAUGUAGAAAUCCAUUAACGUCCACUUUUUUCUGAAAUGUUUUGGUAUGGACAUGGUUAUUCUCACCCCAAAGAGCAAGACCAAGGAACUCUAUUUUAACUUUAUUAAAAUUGCAUGUAAAAGUCAAUCCCCAAUCCCCAAUCAUUGGAAUUAAGGUGGGUCAUAAAAUCCUCAAUCUCAGUAAGGUCUCCAUUCCACAUGAUUAAAAUAUUGUUGAUAAAUAGACAAUAAAAAACAAGGUGAUUGUUCCACUGUAAAUUUUGUAAAACAUGCGACUCCUCCCAGAAGCCCAUAAAUAAGUUGGCAUAUGAUGGGGAAAAACUCACUCCAAUUGCUGUCCCCCUAGUUUGAAGAUAAAACACAUCAUUAAAAGUGAAAUAAUUAUGUGUGAAUAUAAAAGAUGUAAAAUCUAUAAUAGUUUGGACUUGGUUUAAAGGUUAAAGGAGAUCAGCAAAUAAAAAAUGUUCUAGAGCUAGUAAUCCUUUCUUAGUUAUUACUACAAGUAAUUGAUGUUACCUCUCUAUACUCCAACAUUAAGCAAGGUGGGUGUAGGGGCUGUAGUGGAUGCAAGGUGGGUGCAGGGGCUUUAGUGGGUGCAAGAGAAGCACAUGGGCUCCAGUGAGAGCAGGGGGGCAUAGGGGCUUGCCUAGGAGCGGGGGUGCAAAUGGACUACAGUGGAAGCAGGGGAUAGGCAUAUGGGCUGCAGUGGGUGUGAUAAACGCUCUUUUGUACUGACGUUUGCCAGAAACCCCUGGAGGAGUGUGGAAGCUGGCCUCCUGCCCACCGACUAUGGUCCAGGUCAGAGACCCUGUUCGGGAGUUACCCUGCCCAGCCGCCCUUAGCAGCUUUCCAUUGCUGCCCCUAGUUCGUAGAGUAUCCUGGGUGGGGUUUGUAUUUUAUUGUUCGGAGACCCCCUGCUGGGGUCUGUGCAUAAAAGGCAGAGUUUGGCUCAUUAAAAUCAAUUGUAUUCCCAGAACUAUGUGUCGUCUAGUUACUGGGAGAGGAAAGGGCUAUUUACUGCUCAGUAUCUGGUUCCAGCUCAUGGAAGAUUCUGCGGGAAAGUCCUUGUAUGGACUAUAGCUCCCAGGGCUGUGUGUCAUUUAGUCCCUGGGGGAAAUAGAGUUAAUCCCCUACCCUGUUCCAGGACGGAAAGGCUCCAGGAGGACCCAAGUCAAGCCACGGCGACUGGGGCAGAAGCGCUGAGGUUUUCCCCGGUUCCAGCUAGGAAACGAUCCUUGGCAGAGGUACCCAGCUGCGGUACAGGGAGCUCCGCUGCUGUGGAUUCAGGGGAGGGUUGGGUGCUGUUUUGGAUACAGGGGAGAUACGGGUGCAAAGUGGCUGUAGUGAGUGCAAGGGGGGGAUUGGGGUGUAGUAGAUGCAAGGGAUAUAGAGGUGCGGGGGGGGGGAGGCAUAAGGUAUUUAGAGAGAGCUGGACAGGCAGGGGUUAUAGUGGGGGAUAGGGACACCUAACUUAUCCUUCCCGUAACUCUGUCAGUUCCUGAGAGAUUAUGGAUCCUGGCACAGAGAGAGCAGGAUCUCUGCCAGGUCUCACUGAGAAUGCCAUUGGAGGGGUGGGGGUCACUUACACUGCGAUAGGCUGCAUGGGCCCCGGCUUGGGAGAUCUUUGAUCACUACAUCAUGGCUGAUCAGAAAGGCCUCUGACAGCCUCGGGCCCUCUGUCCAUAAUUGAUCUGCCCAAGUGGUCAGUCCACCCAGUCUGGUCUGGUCUUAGAACACCCUAUCUCUAAACAAUAAAAUAACAGCAAUUCUUUGUUUGAUUAAUCUUCCUUUUUUGCUUCUUUUCCUUCCUGAUCAUCUCUUCCCUCCAUGAAAGCUCUGCAUUGUAUACGGCACCUGGUGGCAAUUUCACUCAUUCUUUGUUUUUAACGUCAUUGCUCAAUUGAAGAUAUUCCAUUUUAGUGCAGUUUUCUGCCAUUUAAAGAGGCACUCCAGAUAUCGACACGUUAAGUGCAAUUUGUAGGUUAUAGUUUGUUUUGCUGGGUAGAUAUUUUAAUUGUCUUUAGCUCAAAAUAUUGUGUUUUUAUCCAUAAUUUAUUCCAUCCACUCUCUCUCAUUCCUAACUUGCAGCAUUUACUCAUGUUUCCAUUAUUUUUUCUCUUAUGGUGUAGAAAGAUGACUACAACUCCCAGAAUCCCUUCCUUUUCACAUGAAAAUAAUUUUUAAACACUCAUUGUGGAUAUUAAUACUGAGAUUAACAUCCAACAAUUAUUAGCUGUAAUUCUUCUAUUAGAAAGGAUGUUUAUUCAGAACAGGAGAUUGGAUCUAAAUAUCAAGUUAUUUAAACAGUGUGAAACUAUCAUGGUUUAAAGGGACACUCAGGACCCCUAAAUCACUUUAGCUUGCUGAAAAGCUUUAUGUAUGAAGAGUGUUUCAUCUUAUUUCAUUUUACCAAAAGUCCAGAUUUCAACAGAAAUUGGCACUUUUAUAAAUUCACUUUGUUACAUGCCUUUUGCUUUCAAGCAGACAACAAACAGUUCAUGUCACUUCCUGACUGAUUAGCUCAGUGGAGCUAAACUCAAGAGACAGCAAUUGCCCAGAGCAACUGCCUUGUAAAGACUUCUCAUUAAGCUGCAUUGGAAAUUCUGUGAUUAUUUUUAUAUUAAAGGGACACUAUAGUCACCAGAACAACUACAGCUUAAUGUAGUUGUUCUGAUAAAUAUAGUCAGUCACUUAUGGCCUUUUGCAGUAAACAAUGGCUUUUCAGAAAAAAUGCAGUGUUUACUUAACUGCCUAGGGACACCUCCAGUUGCCACUACUCAGAUGGUUACGAGAUGGUUACCCUCUGCAUGAAGACACUGAACUUUCCGCAUUGAUUCAUUGAAUUUCUUUGAGGAGAUACUGAUUUGCCAGGUUGGUGUUUGGCUACUCCCUCGGCCUGUCUCAUUGGCUGAGAUCAUCAGAAAUGACAAUCGUAGCCAAUACAAUGCUUUCCUAUGGGAAAGGAUUGUGAUUGUCUGGGAUCAUUACUUUGUAUGAUGUUAGCCAAGGAGGCUGAUCAAGGACAGUGCCAGCACCAGCAGACUGGAAUAAAGGUAAGAUUUUACUAUAUUUAGGGUGGCCAGGGAGGCUAGAUAGUGUUUUUAAAACUGUAGGGUCAGGGAUACAUGUUUGUAUGCCUGAGCCUAUAGUGUUCCUUUAAAAUACAUUUUACUUUGAAUUCUUAUUUUAGUGAAUAAUCCUUAUACUUUGUUUCAGUGAUUCUGUGUCUUUCAUAUCUUUUUUCUUUAAAUUUAGUUUGUGGGGGGUGAAUUUUACUCCAGAAGAAUGUUGUAAGUAAAAGUGAAUAGAGUUAGGCCCUAAUAAUGUCAUUGAUGUUAUAAGUUUUCUAAAUAAUUCAAUAAUUCAAGUUUUUUUUAAUACCAAAAUAGCUGAACUGAAAACAGAUGAUUUAGAGAUUUUUUUUCAGUUCAGUGAUUUUGGUCUUAAAUUUUAAAUUUACUUUCAACGUCCAACAAUUCUAACUAUAAUUAAUGACUCGUGAUGCUUACCUGUACAGGUAUAAAACCCCUUGAUGUGAUUUAUGUGAAAUUCUGAUGCAAUUCACUGUACUCUAUCCACCAAUCAAAAACUCCUAAAUGAUACUAAACACCGUAAGUUUGCCAAUUAAACAGAUGAAGAAAGUAACACAAAAGACAUAAGGAAAUGGUUUUAUAUAAUUGGGUUAAUUUAUUAUUAGUUUAUACUGGUGUAUUUUUAUCAAUAGCAUAUAAAAUACAUAUUGCAUGUCAAUAGACAUUGGUAUUUAUAUAGAUUAAAAGGCUAAACAUUAAUAAUGAUAAUUUAUAGGUAAUAAUAUUAAUAUAAUAUAUACAUGUAUUUAUGGCAUUUUUAAAAAUAUUUCUUGGGUGUGUACAGCAGCUCUCAGGACAGGAAAAACCCCCGGUGGAGGAAACCUGUGAGGAGCCAUGGCUGCUCUACUGCCCCUCCUCUGGGCAUACUAAUGCAUUGGGGGUCAGCUCACUAUGCUUAGCCUUGAAAUUAUGUAAUUUGGAGAUUAUUCACAAUAACUUAAAUAAAUUUAAUGUAUUUUAUCCUAUCACUAGUGGGGCUCUGCUCAUGGUGUUGCUCCUCGGUGGAAUCCGAGCCUGGGAGAGUGCGGCUCUCGCUAGUGGAACUGGGUCUGGUGUUCUGCUCCUGGGUGGAGCCAAAGUUUGGGACAGUGCGGCUCUCACUAGUGGAGAUGGACCCGAAGCUCUCCUCCUUGUUGAGCCUUGUUGAGCCCUAGCAUGCAAAGGAAUUUUCUGGAAGAUAUAUACAGCAAAAUUUGGGGACAGUUCACUAUAUUUAUCCUUUAAAAUAUGUAAUUUUGAAUUUAUUCCCAAUAAUGUCUCUAAAUUUCAUGCUCAAGUGUUUACUAAAUUAAACUUGAAUGUGCUAAAUUGAAUUAGGGGGAAUACUGGGCAUGAUAAAUAAUAAUCCUGAGCAAGUCAUAAUUCUAUACACUAUACAAAAUGUAAAUAUUUGGUAAUUUGGUCAAUACACUGUUUACUAAAAGGGAGGGUAUUCACUAUUAGGCCUAUCCAUUCACAAUUCAGUAAAUGUGGUUAGAUUCAGUAUAGAUUAUCAAUUUUCACAUUUUUAUAAUAUUUAUAUAUACUGUUGUAUACUAAUGACCAUUUUUUGUUGUUUGAGAAACAUCAAAAGAAAGAAAGGAAAAAAAAAAAGAUUUAGACCAGAUUGGCAAUUCUCAUAUUUAGUAAAAAUCUAAUCUGGUUGAAAUCCGGCAGAUAUAUUCAUUGUGUUAACUAAUUAUUUAGGGGCAGUUCACUAUGCUUAGCCUUUAAAUUAUAUAAUCUUAAAAUAAUUCACAAUAACUUACCUGAAUAUAAUGUAUUCUAUACUCUCACUAGUGGGGCUCAGCUCAUGGUGUUGUUCCUUACUGGAACCCGAGCCUGGGAGAGUGCGGCUCUCGCUAGUGGGGCUGGGCCUGGUGUUCUGCUCCUCGGUGGAGCCCAAGCUUGAGAGAGUGUGGCUCUCACUAGUGGAGCUGGGCCCUAAGCUCUCCUCCUUGUUGAGCCCUAGCCUGCAGAGGAAUUAUCUGGCAGAUAUAUUUAAAGUGCCUUAACUACUAAAUUGAGGACAGUUCAGUAUGUUUAGCCUUUAAAUUAUGUAACUUGGAAAUUAUUCCCAAUAACGUCUCUAAUUUUAAUGUUCAAGUGUUUACUAAAUUAAACUUGAAUGUGCUAAAUUGAAUUAGGGGGACUAGUGGGCAUGAUAAAUAAUAUUCCUGAACAAGUCAUAAUUCUAUACACUAUAGAAAUUUAAAUAUUUGGUAAUUUGGUCAAUCCAGUGUUUACAAAAAGGAAGCAUAUUCACUAUUAUAAAGGCUAUCUUUCCUGCCUUAAUAUGCCCUCCCCCAUUUGUGCUGAUGCCGAGAGACGGGCAGAACAUUUUCACGCCGAUCUCCCGGCUUCGGCAUACAUUUCUCACAAUGCCCGGUUUCAAUCACGUGAUCGCGGGAGGUCGCGAUCACGUGUCCUUUAAAUAUUUUAUCGUUAAUAACGCUCGUUUUAUUAUUUAAAGUACAUAGAUACCUUUAGACUCCACCCAAAUAUGCCCCUAUAUCCUAAAUUUAGACUUUUGAAUAUGUGUUGGUCGCGAUCACAUGCUCCUCAAUUAUAUCAUAUUUACAUGUGCAUUAUAAUGUUAAUAAGGCUCGUUUUAUUAUGUUAAGCAUAGAGACAUUCUUAGAUUUUAUUACAAAAUGUUCCUAUAUCUUAAAUUUUGAGUUUUGAAAAUGUUCUAAAUUAUGCAUAUUUUAUGAGUGACUUCAUUUUGGCGCCAAAAUUCGAAUCCCUAUCUGUCUUUCUUAGUUUAUAAAAUCAUUUACUGUACCAGGUUUUUCUCUCUUUUUAAUGCCAUUUGAUAAAGCCCUGUGUGGUGAAACGUGUUUUGGCUGUUAUUAGUUUGUUUUAUAUACUGAUAUAUUAUAUUUUAAUAAAGGAAUAUUGGCUUUUAUUUAUGCCUAUAUAUACUUUUAAUUCUUUUUUUAAUUUGAAUUACCUGGUCACCGAUUUGGAUUGAAGUACGCUACUUUCCAAGAAUCCAAGGUGGGGAUUGUACCACCUGCGCCACUAUAUUGAGCAGUAGUUCCUGCUCAUAUACAUGUGAGUAUUUUACCAUUUUAUUUGUUUUUUAAAAUAAUUCAGUGAGCACUAUAUACGUCUCCCAUCUCUCCACAUAUCGAGGAAUUACUCAGGACUUCAUCACCUAUAUCCGACCAGUGGGGGAUUGACGCCACUGAACGCUAAGAAUACUUGAGCAAAGUUUUUUUUGCUCAUGCUAAGGUGAGUUUUUUACCUACUCACAGACUUAUAUCUGAAAAUUUGUCGACAUCCUACACUAUUGGAGUUCUUCUUAUCUCUUUUAUGUACCCACAUAUCGACAAGCGAAUCAAGACAUCUCCAACAUAAGAAGCUUCAGACAUUCAUUUGGACUUUAUAUUCACCCAAGAAAUAUACAGGUUUUUCUACUAUUUGGGACUUUUUAUUAUAUUUAUUCAUUCAAUUCAUAUCACCUCUCUGUCCCUUCAGCGCGACCUAUAUACCCAUUUUUGUCUAUCUUAUUCCUUGUGAGGCUUGUUGAGGGACCUCAUUUCUAUAGGUUGCAGCUUUUAUACUUAUUUUAGUUUCUUUUAGAUUAUUUAGCGCUGAACCGUUAUCCAUUUGUUAGAUAUAUACAGUGUGUUAACUCAUAAUUUGGGGACAGUUCACUAUGUUUGGCCUUUAAAUUAUGUAAUUUGGAAAUUAUUCCAAACAACGUCUCUAAAUUUAAUGUUCAAGUGUUUACUAAUUUAAACUUGAAUGUGCAAAAUUGAAUUAGGGGGAAUUUUGUGCAUGAUAAAUAUUAACCCUGAACAAGUCAUAAUUCAAUGCACUAUAGAAAUUUAAAUAUUUGGUAAUUUGGUCAAUACACUCUUUACUAAUAAUUUGGGGGCAGUUAACUAUGUUUAGCCUUUAAAUUAUAUAAUCUUAAAAUUAUUCACAAUAACUUACCUGAAUUUAAUGUAUUCUAUCCUCUCACUCGGGGAGCUCAGCUCAUGGUGUUUCUCCUUGCUGGAACCCAAGCCUGGGAGAGUGCGGCUCUCGCUAGUGGGGCUGGGCCUGGUGUUCUGCUCCUCGGUGGAGCCCAAGCUUGGGAGAGUGCGGCUCUUGGAAGAGUGUGGAGCUGGGCCCGAAGCUCUCCUCCUUGUUGAGCCCUAGCCUGCAGAGGAAUUAUCUGGCAGAUAUAUACAGUGUGCUAACUAAUAAUUUGGGGACAGUUCACUAUGUUUAGCCUUUAAAUGAUGUAACUUGGCAAUGAUUCCAAAUACCCACUAAAUUUAAUGCUCUAGAGUUUACUAAAUUAAUCUUGAAUGUGCUAAGGUGAACUUGGGGAAUACUGUGCAUGAUAAAAAAAUAAUCCCGAACAUGUAAUAAUUCUAUACACUAUAGAAAUGUAAAUAUUUGGUAAUUUGGUCAAUACACUGUUUAGACAAAGACAGGAGUAUUCACUAUUAUGCCUAUCCAUUCACAAUUCAGUAAAUGUGGUUAGAUUCAGAACAGAUGGUCAAUUCUCAUAUUUCGUAAAAAUCUAAUCUGGUUGAAAUCUGGCAGAUAUAUUCAGUGUGUUAACUAAUAAAUUGGGGGCAGUUCACUAUGCUUAGCCUUUAAAUUAUAUAAUCUUAAAAUUAUUCACAAUAACUUACCUGAAUUUAAUGUAUUCUAUCCUCUCACUAGUGGGGCUCAGCUCAUGGUGUUGCUCCUUGCAGGAACCCGAGCCUGGGAGAGUGCGGCUCUCGCUAGUGUGGCUGGGCCUGGUGUUCUGCUCCUCGGUGGAGCCCAAACUUGGGAGAGUGCGGCUCUCACUAGUGGAGCUGGGCCCGAAGCUCUCCUCCUUCUGGAGCCCUAGCCUGCAGAGGAAUUAUCUGGCAGAUAUAUACAGUGCCUUAACUAAUAAUUUGGGGACAGUUCACUAUGUUUAGCCUUUGAAUGAUAUAACUUGAAAAUUAUUCCCAAUAACUUCACUGUAUUUAAUGUUCAAGUGUUUACUAAAUUAAAUUUGAAUGUGCUAAGUUGAAUUUGGGUAAUACUGUGCUUGAUAAAUAAUCAUCCUGAACAUGUAGAAAUUCUAUACAGUAUAGAAAUGUAAAUAUUUGGUAAUUUGGUCAAUACACUGUUUACAAAAAGGAAGCAUAUUCACUAUUAUGCCUAUCCAUUCACAAUACAGUAAAGAUUAUUAGAUUCAGACCAGAUUGGCAAUUAUCAUUUUUAGUAAAAUCAAAUCUGGUUGAAAUCCGGCAGAAAUAUUCAAUGUGUUAGCUAUUAAUUUGGUGGCAGUUCUCUAUGCUUAGCCUUUAAAUUAUAUAAUCUUAAAAUUAUUCGCAAUAACUUACCACAAUUUAAUGUAUUCUGUCCUCUCACUAGUGGGGCUUUAACCAGGGUGUGGCUCCUCAGUGGAACCCGAGCCUGGCAGAGUGUGACUCUCACUAGUGGAGCUGGGCCCAAAGCACUCCUCCUUGGUAUGGUCUAGCUUGCAGAGUACAGCUCUCAAGGGUGCGGCUUUACCUGGGGCCACUCUGACGCUGACCUUCUCCUAUCCACUUCUCGUAACUAUUCUGCUAACUCACACUUGUAGGAUUUCUUUGAUGGGGGAACGCAAACUCAGUCUAUGCACAAGUCUCCGAUCCUUUAAGAAGUCCCUUAAAACCCACCUCUUGAGAUUAGCCUAAGGACUCCCAGGGUAACUACCAUUCCUCAAAUCUAUAUCUUAGUCUCUAUACCCUCUAAUAAUUUAAUUCAAUCCAGAUAAGGCCCUAGGUAACAAACCAGAGAAUGUGGUUCAGGUCACUCACCUUUAGCCGUCGCUCGAUUCUCUGAAUAACCUGGAAACAGAAACUACUUACAUUUCUAUCAUGAAAUGCCAGAAAAUGAGGAAUCACCAUGGUAACCACGCCUUCAGAUUCAAUGCUCUUAAUGUCUUCUCUGAUACGAUCCUUCACUUUCCGCUCAGUUUCCCCUACAUGUUGCAGGUUACAUACAGGGCACGUGAUUAAAUAAACCACAUUUCCGAAAUCUGAAAUAAAACUGAUAGAAAGUAACUAAUUAUAUCUAAAGGGAAUUCAGGAAACAAAUCAACAUUAAUAGUCAGUGUUAUUGUAUCCCAGCUCUAAGCUAAGCAGAAGCAGACGAACCACAAUGGCUUCUUUGGGUUAACCACAGACUGUCCACUUCCUCCUUCAAGGUUUAACAUACAUAAUAUUAACCCUUACAAUCAUCAUACACACACAGACCAGUUGAAUUUUUCUUUUACUUCUGAACUUUACAAAUCUUCCCAUCCCACCCAGUUAUAUAACACAGUAACUAAUAUGGCUUAUAAAGGUCACAUGUUUUCAAAUUACAUUAAAAAAGACAUUACAGCUUGUCUUACAUUCCCUAAGAAUAUAAUUGGAAAUUCCUGAAUGGAUGGAUAAAUAUUCUAGAUUUAUUAUAGUCUAUAAAAUAUUGGUCUGUACCAUUCCUUUAUAGUUUAUUAGAUCAUCACUAAGCCCUUAAUGCAAUUAAAGUGUGGAAAAUAAUGAUGAAAUAGAGUCUGUGAAUGGAUGUACAAUAUGGGCAAUUGUGUAUGAAAUCUCUUAUGUUUCUAAACUGACCAAUCUCUGUAAAGAUUUUAUGUUAACCUUACCUGCAAUGCAUUCAGCUAACUGAUAUAAUUCUGGAAAAUAGCACUUGGAUAAUGCAGCAGCCACUGUCCCCUCACAAGAUGCUCAGUCUCUCUGAGUAUCGGUCACUGUGACAUUCAUUGUUCCAUCAGAUGAUAUCACAGUGUUUUAUGAUGUCACUGCACCUGACCAUAUAUGGAGAUAUAAACCUUUCAGUAAUGGAGAAACUAUGACCUCAUCCCAGUUUCAGCUGCAGGAAGACAAAUGUAAGGGUUAUCUGAGAUCUCCAAUGGUAGAUGUAAUUUAAAAUAGCAUCCACUUUGGUGAUUUCAAAUUAAAUAAAGCAGAACAAAUCACAAAAUUUUUUUUUGAUCUAUUGCUUGUCAUAACAAUAGCAAAUUAGGCACUUAUCUACUAAGCAAACAAAAUAAAAUUAUGAAAAUAGUUAUUUUCUCUUAAAAAUUAGAUUGCCUCAGGGUGAACAAGCAACGGUCAGCCUUUACGAGUAGAGCGCUUUAUACAAAACCCAAUAGUCACUUACCUCUAUAUUGGGGGUGUUCCAUAUUAUAUAGCUUAACUGGAGAGCAUAAAAGGAGCGUAAAAAGAUAGAAAAUAAACAAGAAAAAGAAUAUGGUGUGUAUCGUUAAGCCCUCUUGUGACUGAAAAAAGAGUAUUGGUCACACUCACAUGGAAUUGAGCAGAUAAGAUAGGCUCAAACCAUACAGCAGUUGUGUACUCUAAUGACACAAUUUCCCUUUCCAAAUAUUUCGGUGAAUAUUUGUCUUUUCUAUUUUUAGGCUCUGACCCUCAUUUGUUUGGUUUAUUUCUGCUAUUUGCUCUGGGUUAUAACCCAUUUUAGCAUCAGAGAAGGGUUUUCAUAUAAAUGGAGCUAUUCUAUCUUUAUUCUAUUUUAUUUAUACACCUACUGAUUUGAAUAUAUCACAAAAUGGAGAAAUAAAGUAAACAGAGUGCAGGUCAGGAGUCCAGAUACAAGUCAAAGGCUCAUGAGCUGCACCACUGUAACCACCUAAUAAUGAGCUCCAAUGAGGGGGGUAACCCUCCAAAAUAUGUAGGUAAUAGGAGUAGGUGAUGUGUAGAGUCCCACAAGGGGAAACCAACAUCAAGGAGAGCUCCACUGUAUAAGAAACGAGGAAGGGAGGCCCUGCCUUUAAUAAAUCUAAGGAUAAAAAGGGAUAUUCAAACAAAAAGUAUAACUUGAAAAAAGGGAGAUCUACUAAACAGUGCCCAGUGGAUCAAUUGGAGUACUAGCUAGCAUCUAAGCGUUAGAUCCACUCUUCAGAAAACACUUAAUGCCCCACCAGCAUACAUAGAUUUUAUUUCUGAUAUCCUUAAAUUUAUCUUAACAAAGAAUGUCUUUUUAUUUAAUGGUAAAGUAUACCAACAAGUUAGGGGUAUUGCCAUGGGGACUUCAUGCACAUCCUCCUAUGCCAACAUAUACUUGGGCACCUGGGAGACACACAUUGAAACGGACCAGACUUUAUCGAUCUAUCGUGAUAAAAUGUAAUUUUGGAAAAGAUACAUCGAUGAUGUCUUUGUUAUUUGGCUGGGAUCUUCAGAUGAGUUCAUGACGUUUGUAACUCUCUUAAACACUAAUGAAUUCAACUUAAAAUUCACAAUCAAAGUGGGGUGCAGGAAUCUUAACUUCCUAGACCUUACUGUUUCCAUACAAACAAGUGGAUACAUUUCAACCACCCUGUACCGAAAACAAACAGCCUGUAAUGGCCUUCUAAAUUGGACUAGCCUCCACCCACCAAAACUGAAGGCCGCAAUCCCUGUCGGCCAAUAUCUGCGCUUACGUAGAAAUUGCUCUUCCCUGGAUGACUUUAAAAUCAAGUUCUGGGAUCUCCGGAAAUCUUUUAGGGAAAAAGGUUACCCUAAUUGGGUUCUAAAAAGGGCUUAUGCCAGAGCAAUUAAUUCCGACAGAGAUACCCUACUCAGCGAUCACAUAAGGGACACAGGACUUUCCACGAUUCGAUGCAUAGCAUCGUAUGAUGCAGGCUGGUCUAACAUGAUGAAUAUGCUUAAAAGAUUUUGGCCAAUACUCACUUCGGAUCCCCAUAUUAAGAAGGUUAUAACACCAUUCCCCUCAGUGACAGCAGGCAGGGGCAGAAUUCUGAAAGACAUGCUAGUCCCUAGCUAUUAGGCCCCCCUUAAAUAAACCCCUCAAACAAUAUCUACCCAGGGGUACAUACAAGUGUGGCCACUGUAGUGCAUGUCCCCAUAUUGCUAAACAGACCAAGUUUUUCACAGACAGCAUUGAAAGUGAAGAAUUUUUAGCAAAAUCUUUCUUUAACUGCCAUACCGAAGGGCUAGUAUACCUCCUGUUAUGUUCAUGUGGUUUGAAGUACGUAGGCAAAACGUUUCGCCCCUUCAAGAUUCGCAUAAGAGAACACGUUAAUUCCGUAAGGAGACCAUUAGAGACACCAAUUUCACGACAUCUAAAAACUCACCAUUCUAAUUCUGCUACUAAAAUUAGAUUCAUGGGUAUUGAAUCAGUCCAACAACCUCCACGUAAAGGAAAUUGGGACCGAAAACUACGGCAGAGAGAAUCGUAUUGGAUUUACAAACUAAAAACGUUAUCCCCAGCAGGGUUAAAUGCAGGGCCGUCUUUAACGCGGGGCAAACGGGGCAGCUGCCCCGGGCCCAGUUGCUCCUGAGGGGCCCCAGAGCAGCUGCCUCAUGGGCCCCGCGAUUUGAGCAGCUCCCAUGGACCUGGCGGGGCGGCUGCACAGAGCCACACCAGCCGCACACUAAGGAGGCCCCCGGGUGACCCAUGCACUAAGGGCCACCCGGUGGGCCUGGGUCAGCAGGGGCCCGGUCGGGUGCUGUGACACAAACAGCGCGACCGGGCCCCUUCCUGUUCGGCAGCCGGCUGGGAGGAAGUGAGUGCCUCGCGUCACUUCCUCCCACCGGAGAUCACAACUGCGCGGAAGGAGAAAGGCAGGGAGGAGGGGAGUUCCAGAGGAGAACUCCCAUCUGCCUCAGCCUGCCACUGGACCCAAGGGAAACCACCCUCCAGAAAUAUGUGUGUGUGUAUGUCUAUGUCUGUCUGUGUGUGUGUGUCAGUAUGUCUGUGUGUGUGUGUCAGUAUGUGUGUAUGUAUGUCUGAGUGUUAGUAUGUCUCUGUGUGUCUAUGUCUGUCUGUGUGUGUGUGUGUGUGUGUGUGUGUAUGUCAGUAUGUGUGUAUGUAUGUUUGUGAGUGUCAGUAUGUCUAUGUGUGUCUAUUUCUGUCUGUGUGUGUGUGUGUGUAUGUCAGUAUGUGUGUAUAUAUGUCUGAGUGUCAGUAUGUCUCUGUGUGUCUAUGUCUGUCUGUGUGUGUGUGUAUGUCAGUAUGUGUGUAUGUAUGUCUGUGAGUGUCAGUAUGUCUCUGUGUGUCUAUGUCUGUCUGUGUGUGUGUAUGUCAGUAUGUGUGUAUGUAUGUCUGUGAGUGUCAGUAUGUCUCUGUGUGUCUAUGUCUGUCUGUGUGUGUGUGUAUGUCAGUAUGUCUGUGUGUCACUAAGUCUGUGUGUGUGUCUAUGUCUGUCUGUGUGUGUAUGUGUGUGUGUAUGUCUCUAUGUGUGUGUGUGUGUGUAUGUCAGUAUGUCUGUGUAUGUAUGUGUAUGUCUGUGUGUAUGUCAGUAUGUCUGUGUGUAUGUCUGUGUGUCUGUAUAUGUCAGUAUGCCUGUGUGUGUGUUUGUCAGUAUGUCUGUGUGUGUGUCAGUAUGUCUGUGUGUGUGUCAGUAUGUCUGUGUGUGUCAGUAUGUCUGCCUGUGUGUGUGUGUGUCAGUAUGUCUGUCUGUCUGUGUGUCAGUAUGUCUGUGUGUUUGUCAGUAUGUCUGCCUGUGUGUCUGUGUCAGAAUGACUGUGUGUGUGUGUCAAUAGGUCUGUCAGUGUAUGCGUCUGUGUGUGUCAGUAUAUUUGUCAGUUUAUGUCUGUGUAUUCAUGAAUGUGUGUCUGUGUGUGUGUCAGUAUGUCUGAAUGUGUGUCAAUAUGUCUGCCAGUAUAUAUUUGUGUGUCAGUGUAUGUGUAUGUCAGUAUGUAUCUGAGAAUGUUUUAAUAUGUCUGUCUGUGUGCGUAUGUGUCAGUAUGUCUGUCAGUGUGAUUGCGGGUUGGGUGUAAUUAAGGGGUUGGGGGGGAAGGAGCAGGGCCCAGGGGCCCAAGAAAAUGCAUUGCCCAGGGUCCUAAUCAUAUUAUAGACGGCCCUGGUUAAAUGAGGUAUUCUCUUUUUUAGCUUUUUUGUAAUACUCUCUCUAUUGAGGGGACUUAACCAACACUGAGGAACUCUUCCUUUCUAAGCUCCCUACCAUACUAUUUGUAAAUUUGUAGAUAUGUAAAUAUGACACUUUUUAAUAUGAACAUUAACGGCCACUUUAUUUUCACCGUGUUCAUUUUGCCUUUCGAGCCAAGAUACUGUCUGUCUUAUUUUAUACAUCCUGAUGGGGGUUUACUUCCCCUGAUUGGAUGUUUAUUUCUAUAUGUUUAUAGGCAUUAUUCAAUCCAUAAGACAGGUCCCUUUACUGUACAUUUAAUGUACCCUGACCUGACUGGCAUAUGUGAGAUCUUGUGUGGCAAUUUUUUGACUGUACAAUUAAUGAGACAGCCUAUGCAAUAGAUGCCCAUACCGGAUGGGACUCAGUGCAGCUCUCACAAUGUUGUGAACACUGCCAAGAUGCUAUUCCCCGCACACUCCCAGUCAGUUCCACUCCAUAAUACAGUGGAUGUUCCGGUCACACUAUGAGGUGCGCUUUGGGAAUACUUUAAGCCAACCUCACAUAUUCAGCCAUCACGUCCAAGUUACGCCCCGUCUGGCUCCACUCUAUAGGUCAGGACAGGGGUUAAGGCGUUAAAAGGAUAAUAAUAGCAACAUGUAUUUAUGUGGCACCUUUCUCCUAGUGGGACUCAGGACGUUCUUCAGCUCUCGGAGCUUACCAGGUCAGCAGCUGACUAGUAGUAUAUGUUAAUGUUGCCCCAUUGAUGGAGAUUGUUUUGCCAACCUCGGACGGAUGGGGUGUUGGUUGGCUCUGCCGGGAUUUGUACCUGCAGCCUUGCCUUUUUUAGCAGGCUUUGUGGUCAGGGAUUUUGCCAGCUAAGCUAUGUCAUUGGCAGGGUGUGUUGUCACUGUCAAUGUUUUUGAGAUGUAGAAUAUGUGACGACAUGCCACACCCCCGGUAGACUGCAGAAUAGAGUUUAGAUACUCUGCCCCUCAGGAACUCCCACAUUGAACAGCUGAUGGCCAUGUGUCAUCAGCAAUAGGUAUUUAAAUGGAACAACAAGCUACUCAUGUUCACAGGCUCCUGACAAUGGUGUUUUGCACAUGCCGAAACGUGUGUUGAGCAUUUUAUUUUUCUUUGAUCUCUGCACUUGGUAGCACUUUUUUAUUUUUGUUAACACUAUGGUUAUUGAUUUUUAGGUGUUUAUUUAUUUAGAACUUUAGUAGGGAGAGUUGGUUCAGGUAGACACUAGUGGUUAGACCACGGUGUCAAGGUAACUUUUAGGGUGAAUUGAGAGAUUUUUUUUUGUGUGAGGCUUUUCAUCUGCGUUUAGACCUGAUUACCCGGUCCCUUGUUCUCUGGGGAUCCUGUGCCUCUUCUCUCUCCCUAACCUCGUUUACACUAACUUCCUGUCAGUCAACCAGUAGGGGAACUGGAAUUUAGAUGCUAGCUAGUACUCCAGCCAAUUGAUCCCCUGGGCACCGUUUAGUAGAUCUCCCUUUUUUUUAUUUAAAAAAAUACUCAGUGCAUCCCCACUUAUAUACACAAUAUAUAGAUGCACCCCACUCUCCAAUUAUGUUGAUUUGUAAUAAAUUGCUUUUCUUCUUUACUUUAUAGUUUGAUGUUCUGAUCUCACAGGUAUAAUUUCCCAAGUCCUCCAGCUGAGCUGACUGAACCUGGUACUUAUUGGAUGAACUGAACCCCUGCACCAUCUCUUCAUUUCUGUACAAAGCAAAGAGCAGGUUUGUGGGAUAUCAAGGAAUUGUCACAUGCCAGGGUCAUCUCCGCGCCUUCUGUCAUCUUCUGCAAGCUCGCUUUAAUUUUGCACAUAUGAUGUCAUAUUGCGGCUCUGGCAUCAAUAAGCGGCGCGCAAGGGAGCUGGGCAGAGAGCGCUCGGGGAGAGUGCUCCCUCGCGUACCUGCAGGACUGGCCACCAUGCAGCCCCACUGGACCCCAGGGAAUCCCCUCAGCACUCCCAAAGGUAGGGAGGCUGGGGGAUUACAUUUAAAAAAAAAAUGUGCUAGUGUGUAUGUGUGUUAGCAUGUGUGUGUGUGUUAGUUUUUGUAUUAGUGUGUGUUACUGUGUGUCUGCUAGUGAGUGUGUUAGUUUUUGUGUGUGUGUCAGUGAAUGUGUUACUGUGUGUGUCUGUUACUGAGUGUGUUAGUUUGUGUGCCUGUUAGUGAGAGUGUAUGUUUUGUAAGUGAGUGUGUAUGUAUGUCUGUCACUAAAUGUGUGUCUGUUAGCUAGUGUGUAUGCGUCUGUUCGUGAGAGCAUGUGUGUGUGUUUAAAACCCCUUCAGCACUUACCUUUCUCCAGUGCUGGACUCCCUUGGCACUGGGGAUCCCUCCGCCCUGAUCCACCUCUCAGCUCCGAAUGCGCAUGCGCGGCAAGAGCCAAGCGCGCAUUCAAACCGCCCAUAGGAAAGCAUUACUCAAUGCUUUCCUAUGGACGUCCAGCGUCUUCUCACUGUGAUUUUCACAGAGAGAAUCGCAGAAACACUAGAGGCUGGAUUAACCCUCAGUGAAACCUUUCAGCUGCAAGGUUAAAACUAGAGGGACCUGGCACCCAGACCACUUUAUUGAGCUGAUGUGAUCUGGUUGUCUGUAGUGGUCCUUUAAGUGUAUGUGUAUCUGCAUGCACUGACAUACAUAAUGCAGUCGUAGGGGUCGGGGGGGGGGGGCACAAAUUAAUUUUCGCACCGGGGCCCCAUGGGUCGUGUUUACGCCACUGUCGUAAACAUGAGCAUUGUAACGGACCGUUUUUGCCCACAAGAGGUUAAAAACUGUUUAGGCGAUAUUCCCCUUUUUCAGAUGUACAGACAGCUACUACAAGCACCAAUCUUCGGAACUGCAAACCCACGAAUUCACCAACUCCCGAACUGCAACCAAGGGAAUACUCGAAACUCCCGAACUGCAUACCAAGUAGCACUCCAAACUCCCGAACUGGAGACACACGAAUAGCUGUUAGCAGACGAACAAGAAAAGCACCCAAGCAGCUUACACUCCUGGCAAUCAGUCUCUAACAGCAUACAGUAAAUCCCCCCAAAACGACACUUCGUUUUGAGGUUCAAGCAGAAUCUGGUUUACUGGGGCUAACUGCCCAGCUUUUAUGCAGGUCUCCCACCUGGUGGACACUCCUCUAGGGGACCAGAUGGGAAACUGGGAAACAUAUUGGACAUUAACCAAUCACAAGCUUACAAUCCCACAAUGCAUCACAAUCCCUCCUCUCUGUCCUGGAGAUAAUUGGGAAGUAAUCCAAUUAUCUCCAAGGACAGAGGGAAAACUCCAUUAACCGCAUGGCAGUAAAAAGACAGUAAAAGACAUAAAAUUAUAUACAGUUACAUUUAUAACAUAUACAUUCUACAUAUCCCCAGAUAGCUUAGAUCUGAGCGCACAUUACUACCGAAUGGCGCUCAGAUCACAUACAUACAGUUCAAUCGCCAUGGAGCCAAAGUCUUUCACAUAGUCUUUCGUUACACUAAUAGGCUCCAUGGCUUAGCUAUCUGGGGUGAUGCUGUUCAUCCGGUUAAACUACUGAAUGAACCGUCAUUCGGUUCCGCUACCGAAUGGAGAGGUAAGGAGGCUGGCGGCUCAGCGGUGUUCGCGCCAAUAAGUAUCCCUUUUCAGUUCCAUAGUUUGGGCGCUGAACACCGCUGGCCGUUCGGGAGGUAAAAUGGCCGCUGCCACGUGUUCGGCAACCUUACAAAGGCCACCCAGCGUUCAUCAAUUAAGCUGCGGUUAACCGCAGCUUCUGGGCGGUCAAUUGACGUCACACUCCAGUUCCUAGGUGGUCCAUCGUUCGGUAGAUUGAAUCUGCCGAACACCCUGGCAGAAAGGCACGAAUAAACUUUUCAGCAGGGAAAAUAACAGGUCUGAACUGCAGGGCCAUAGUCUAAAGGGAGCAGGCGAGCAACCAAGCUUCUCCAGUGCAUAGUGGCGAGGUUGGUUCCGCCACAAGCAUGUUAGUUAAAUACUCAUCCAAGGCAGCCCAUGUGCAGAGACCCGCUAAAGAGCCAAUAAGCCCCAAAUAGUCUUUUUAAAUGGCAAUACACCCCAGGGCCAUAGUCAUGAGGAAGGAGGCUGGCAAUCAGGCUCCUCCAAAAGCCGGGGGGCAAAGGGCAGCUUGUCACCUAACAAUCCAGGGACAAAGGCAUUUCGUCACACAGUGUAUAUAUCACAGCUUGAUGUGAGUUUAUGGCAGUUUAUACCACAGUUUACUGAGAUUUUUAAAUGGCAGUAUACAUCUCAGAACACUCUGAGUUACAUGUAUAUAUGAGACUCGGUUAUGUAGGCUCUGUACAGGGUGUAUACAGAGCUAAUUUUGCUAGUUAGUGUUAGGAUUGAUGUGUGUUACAAACUGCCAUUUGUAACUGUUAUUUUAUUUGACAAAUUGCCCUGCUUCCCUGUGUUAUGGAGAAGCCUAAUUGCCAGCCUUCUGCCCCAUGACUAUGGACCUAGUGUGUAUGGCGAUUUGACUGUAUUUGUGGGAUCUGAGCGCUGUUUGGAUAUAUUGAGCGCUCAGAUCCAAGCCAUCUGGGGAUAGGUUGAAUGUGGGGGUUCUGUUCAGUUCAAUAGGAGUUAUGUAUUUUUGGGUCUUUUUGUGUCUUUUGCUAACAUGUAGUUAAUGGAGUCUGCCUCUAUCCCUGGAUAAUUGGAUUACUUUCCCCAUUGUCCAGGAUAGAGGCCUCUGUAAAACUGGUUUGUGCCAGAAAACCAUGCUGCCAGCCAGGCCCCAAAAGACACUUUUGCUAACUUUUGAACCCCUUGUCUGAUUUGUGCCAUUUUUUAAUAUAUUGCUCCCCUUAAUGGAUUGAUUCCAAAUAUGUAAUUUUUAUGAAGAUUGGAUGUGUAGUUUGGAAGUUAUAGUACAUGUAUAAAAACUGUAUUUUUACUGUUCUGUUUUAAUUAUGUUAUGUGAUUAUCUGAGGGAUGGGAAUUUCCCCGAAUGUAUAUUGUUCCGAUUGGUUAUACUGCUAAUUAUGUGGGUGUCUCCCUUGCAUGGGCAGAAUCUCAUAAAAGCAGAGUGUGUGCCAUUAAACAUCAGAUCUUCUUGACCCUCAAUACGUAGCCUUGUCUCGUUAUUGGAGGGAACUGCUAUAUCACACUGGGGAUUGCUAUGCUCUGCAUAUUCCCCUGAGCUUUUAAUCACUUAGCUCUUUUAAGAGCUGUUCCUGUUACGCUCUCCUGGAGGAGAGGUCUUCCCCACACGGUCCUGGAGGACAGAAGCUGAUCCAGGGUGGAAGGAAGACGGCGAGACUCCAGUUAAGCUACGGCGGUUGUGGAGUCUGCGGUGGUUGUGGUGUCUGCUGCAGUGUUUGGAGUCCUCAGGAAGCGCUAGGAGCAUCCAUCAACGGAGGGUACUCGGUCGGAGUACAGGGAGCUCCGUUACAAUGUGCUUUACAGUAUAUACAUUCUGGUCACCAUCGUCCACUUUGGCACCUUUGGCACCUUCGCCCACUUUGGCACCUUCGGCACCUUCGCCCACUUUGGCACCUUCGCCCACUUUGGCACCUUCGGCACUUGGGCACCUUCUGCACCUUUAGCACCAUUGGCACUUUGGCACUUGGGCACCUUUGGGCACCUUUGGCACCUUGGCACCAUCAGCACUUUUUGGCACCAUAGGCACCUUCGGUAAUUUGGCACCUUCGGCACCUUGGCACCAUCAGCACUUUUUUGCACCAUAGGCACCUUCGGUAAUUCGGCACCUUCAGCACCUUUGGCCCCUUCAACACUUUGGCACCUUCUGCCACUUCAACACUUUGGCACCUUUGGCCCCUUCUGCACUUCGGCACAAUCAGCACUUUGGUACCUUCGGCACUUUGGCACCAUCGGCACUUUUUGGCACCUUUGGCACCUUCACCCACUUUGGCACCAUCAACACUUUGGAUCCCUUCGGAACUUUGGCACCUUCGCCCACUUUGGCACCCACUUCCAUAUGCAGGUUGAGAUUACCUAACUCACACCCACUCUUUGUGUACCACACAGAUAUUAUAUUAAUAAGCAUUUGAAGAUUUAUUGUGUAUGUAUAGCACGGUUGUCUAGUGGUGUAUACAUAAACAGUGAAAACAGAGUCUUCCUAUAGGGUUUACAAUACUGACAGUCUGGGUCAUAGGUGUAAUGCAGACAUACGGUUAGGUACUUUUCCAUUGUCAGAAUACAUUGAAAACACUAAUAUAUUGCAAAUAUUAAAAUCAUAUUGCAGCUUUUUCCUAUACCUGCAAGAAUAUGGUUGUCAAAAGUCUAACCACAAAAACUACAUUGGACACCUUCGGCACAUUCGGCACUUUUGCACCUUCGCACCUUCGCCCACUUUGGCACCUUUGGCACCAAAGUGCCAAAGUGGACGAAGGUGCCGAAGGUGAUAAAGAGGGCGAAGGUGCCAAAGUGGCCAAAGGUGCCAAAGUGGCUAAAGUGCUGAAGGUGCCAAAGUGCUGAAGGUGCUGAAGGAGCCCAAGUGCCAAAGUGGACGAAGGUGCCAAAGGUGCCAAAGAGGGCGAAGGUGCCAAAGUGGGCGAAGGUCCCAAAGUGCCAAAGUGUCGAUGGUGCCGAAGGUGCCAAAGGUGGUGAAGUUGUCGAAGGUGCCAAAGUGGGCGAAGGAGCCGAAGGUGCCAAAGUGCCGAAUGUGCCAAAGUGGGCGAAGGUGCCGAAGGUGCCACAUGUGCCAAAGGUGCCAAAGUGGCCAAAGCUGCUGAAGUCCCAAAGGUGCCAACGGUACCAAUGGUGCCAAAGGUUCCCAAGUGCCAAAGGUGCCGAUGGUGCCAAAGUGCCGAUGGUGCCAUAGUGCUGAAGAUGCCAAAUUGCCGAAGUGCCAAAUUGGGCGAAGGUGCCAAAGUGCCAAAAUGCCGAAGGUGCCAAAGUGGGCAAAGUUGCAGAAGGUGCCAAAGUGCCGAUGUUGCCAAAGGUGCCCAAGGUGCUCAAGGUGACAAAGGUGCCAAAGUGGGCAAAGGUGCCAAGGUGCCAAAGUGCCGAUGGUGCCAAAGUGCCGAAAUGCCAAAGGUUGGGCAAAGGUGCCGAAGUGCCGUGCCAUGGUGCCGAAGAAAGUGCCAAAAGCCAAAGUGCCGAAGUGCCAAAUUGGGCGAAGGUGCCAAAGUGCCCAAAGUGCCGAAGGUGCCAAAGUGGGCGAAGUUCCCGAAGGUGCCAAAGUACCGAAAGGUGUGCCAAAGGUGCCAAAGUGUGCCAAGUGUGCCAAAGGUGCCAGUGCCGAUGGUGCCAAAGUGCUGAAGAUGCCAAAGUGCUGAAGAUGUCAAAGGUGCCCACGUUCCAAAGUGGGCCGAAGGUGCAAAGGUGCCAAAGUACCGAAGGUGCCAAAAGUGUGCAAAAAAUGUGGGCGAAGGUGCCAAAGUUGUGCCGAAGGUGCCAAAGUGCCGAAAAGGUGCCAAAGGUGCCAAAGUGCCAAAGUGGGCCAAAGAAGGUGCCAAAGGUGCAAGGUGCCAAAGUGGGCGAAGAUGCCAAAGUUGCCGAAGUGCCAAAUUGGCCAAGGUGCCGAAGGUGGAUAUGCCAAUAUCCCGAAGGUGCCAAAGUGGGCGAAGGUGCAAAGGUGCUGCUAUGUAGAUAUGAAUAUCCAUUUCACUCUCUAUCCUACCUGUUCAUAUAAGGGUUAAUGUGAACCAAGAAUAAAUUUGGAAUUGUAUCUUCAAUUCUGGGAAGAAUUUAUCUAAUAUCAUUUACGAGAAUGACCAUACUGAUUUUCGAAAUGUUCUUGUUAAUUGUCCAAGAUUUUGGUAUUUGUAAAUAAGGGGUUAAACUCAUUUUUGUUAAGCAUAUAAAAUUUAGUUUUUGUGGUUAGACUUUUGACAACCAUAUCCUUGCAGGUAUAGGAAACAGCUGCAAUAUGAUUUUAAUAUUUGCAAUAUAUUAGUGUUUUCAAUGUAUUCUGACAAUGGAAAAGUACCUAACCGCAUGUCUGCAUUACACCUAUGACCCAGACUGUCAGUAUUGCAAACCCUAUAGGAAGACUCUGCUUUCAUUAUUUAUGUAAACACCCCUAGACAACCGUGCUAUACAUACACAAUACAUCUUCAAAUGCUUAUUAAUAUUAUAUCUGUGUGGUACACCAAGAGGGGUACACAAAGAGGGGGUGUGUGUUAGGUAAUCUCGACCGGCAUAUGGAAGUGGGUGCCAAAGUGGGCAAAGGUGUCGAAGGUGCCAAAGUACCAAAGGUGCAAAAGUUACCAAAGGUGCCAAAGUGCCAAAGUGGGCAAAGGUGCCAAAGAUGCCAAAGUGGGUGAAGGUGCCAAUGUUCCGAAGGUGCCAAUGUGUCUAGGUGCCAAAGGUGCCAAAAAGUGCUGAUGGUGCCAAAGUGUCGAAGGUACCAAAGUGCAGAAGGGGCCGAAGGUGCCAAAGUGUUGAAGGUGCGAAGGUGCCAAAGUGACGAAGGUGCCAAAAAGUGACGAAGGUGCCAAAAAGUGCCAAAGGUGCAGACGGAACCAAAGUGCUGAUGGUGCCGAAGGUGCCAAAGGUACCAAAGUGCUGAUGGUGCUGAAGGUGCUGAAGGUACCAAAGUGCUGAUGGUGCCUAAGUUCCGAAGGGGCCGAAGGUGCCAAAGUGUUGAAAGUGCCAAAGUGGACGAAGGUGCCAAAGGUGCCAAGGUGCCAAAGGUGCCAAAGGUGCCAAGGUGCCAAAGAGCCGAAGGUGCCAAAGUGCCAAAGUGGGCGAAGGUGCUGAAGGUGCCAAAGUGGGCAAAGGUGCUGAAAAAGCAAGAUAUACCGAGCGAUACCUUCUUAAAUUGUGAAUUGGCAUGCACAAGCACCUACCGAUCCGUUUGAGAUUUCUUAUCUAUAUAUAAUAGAUCAUCAUCAUAGCACCUGAAGGGUAUAAUACCAAUGGUCUCUUUUAGGAGUAGGAUUAAACCAUAGUCAACUCAAUGAAUCUCCCCAUAGAAGCUGAUAAAAUGGAAUAGUAUCAACAUAGACUGGUCUUCCAUACCAGUUGGAGCCAGAGUUAGGUCUGUUUAGCUUUUAAUACAUGCCAUGGACAGCGACUUAUACCAGAGUAGUCUCAUCUGAAACCCAGAGCUGGACCAGAAUGUAUAUACUGUAAAGCACAUCAAUCUUAAUACUAGCUAGCAAAAUUAGCUCUGUAUACACCCAGUAAACUGUGGUAUAAACUGCCAUAAACUCACAUCAAGUUGUGAUAUAUACACUGUAUUGCAAUCUGUGAUCUAAACUGUGAUAUAUUCAUAGACAGAAAAAACAGUGAUCAGAUGAACUGUAUAAGUUCUUGACAGAGAAUACAGUGAUUUGAUGCACUGUAUAAAUUCAUAGACAUAGAGAAUACAGUGAUUUGAUGCACUGUAUAAAUUCAUAGACAUAGAGAAUACAGUGAUUUGAUGCACUGUAUAAAUUCAUUGACAGAGAAUACAGUGUGAUUUGAUAUAAACGGCAUGUCAGUGAUUUGAUAUAAACAGCAUGUCAGUGAUUUGAAAUCAGCCAGUGAAUCCUAGCAGGGCAACAAUAGGCGAGAGCUGGUCACCGUGGGUGGAUGAGGGCCGCGAGCAGGCGCACCCUCCUCUUGCCGGUCUGACGCCCGCGGCUCCUAGAGAGAGCCGAUCGUGGUGAGGCGGCCACGUGCGGGAGCUCCUUAGAAGGAGCCGAUCGCGGAGAGGCGGCCAUGUGCGCGGGUGCCGCCUGGUACUCGUGUCCGACCGCGAGUACCCCGGAAGGCUCACAAAGGAGCUCGGGGAAUCAGAGGAGGCAGCCAGGAGGCUAGUCUCCAGAAACCCCGAGAGAACCACUUGUUGCCCGCGGUUAGCAAGGGCGGAACAAGUAACAGAAAGGUGUUAGCGAGUGGGGUAGCAGGGGUGGGAGGGAUAAAAGCAAAGGGACCAAACCGAAUAGGUAUCUCCAGGAACCCCCAAAAAACAACCACAAAGUCAGCGAAAAUCUCACCAAAGAAAGCCAGGGGAAGCAAAGAAGAGCCAAAAGGGCACAGUCCCAAAAAAACAAAGCAUAAUAAUAAAACAUGAUGAAAAUAAAUCAAUAAAUCCCAAAUAACCUAAAUAAAGGUAAAAUAAAUCAUAGUAAAACAUGAUUAAUAUAAGUAAUCAAUAAAUCCCAAAGCCACCCACUAGAAGCAGGAGGCAGUGGUACUCUGACCUGUACUGACUGCAGAGCAGCAAAGAAAGAGGAAAUGAUGCAUGGGGAGGGGAGUUUUAUAGUACCUAACUUUUUUCUGAUUGGUUGUUUUUCUGUGCUGCUGUGGAGUUCUAGUAAAGAGAGACUUAAGCAAAUACGAAGCCUCCUGUCAUGUUAUAAAAUCAUAAUUUCUAGCCAAGGAUAGAUGUAAAAAAAUCUAUUUUCUUUUCUAUUAUGUGUAAUAUACAUUAAAAAUUUGAUUUUUGACAAUUAAAAUAUAGCGAGUUGUGUUUGCCUCCUGGCAGGGCCGCCAUCAGGGGGUGACAGCCAUGACGGUUGUCAAGGGCCUGACUUUCUUUCUCUGCACACAUAGAUAGCGAAUAUCGCGAUCAAUGUGUGCAGCCGCGGGCCCCCGGCUCCCUGUUACCAUAGAGGGGGCCCAGGCAGCACACUGCUUCUCCUCUUCUCUCUUCUAAUAACUCUCACGAGACCUGGUUACCAUGGCAACGCUCCACGGGUCUCACGAGAGUUAUUAGAAGAGAGGAGAAGAGAAGAAGAGAAGCAGUGUGCUGCCUGGGCCCCCUUUGUGGUAACAGGGAGCCGGGGGGCCCCCCAUGCCACCGGACCACCAGGGAUCAUGGAAUCUCUCCCCUACCUGGACACAGGUAAGCAGGGAGGGUGGAAUAACAUUUAAUUAAAUUUAAUAAAAAAUUAAUGUGAAAAAUGACGCUAUUCAAGUGUUUGUUCUGUGCAUCAAAGCACACAGAUAAAAUAACUUUUUCAGCGCAGUGGCGGAUCCGGGGGGGCAGGGGGGCGCAAUGGGGCAAUUGCUCCCCCGUUCCCCCAAGAAAACCGAGGGUCUCCCUCUCCCCUGCCGGCUUAUGCAGGGCCGGCUUAUGCAGGACUGCACCCCUUACACAUUGCACCACUCACACCACUGCUCCUAUGCCCUACUACAGCCCCAUUUCCCAGCAGACCUCAGGUAAGUGGUCAAAUUGUUAUUAAACGGUUUGACUACUUACUCUGGGAGGGGGUCCCCGCACUAUUGACACCAUAAACGCUACACUGAGCUGUAGUGGUUAUUGUGUCUGGAUUAUUGCUUUAAAUAAUCUACAAGUGUCCCUCUCGAGAUCAGGCUCUGGAUCAGCCACUGUCUCAGCGGCACCUUACUGCGUAACAGAGAAGAGUCUAGUCUGCACCUCUGCUGGGUGCAGGCAGAGAGUAUUUCUCUCACAAGCUUUGGCAAUUCAGAAUGUUUUCACGGCUUAUCAUGGCAAUGCUCUGUUGCCACAUAGUGCUAGGGCUUGCAAGACAAGCAUACUCAGCCUGUAUAUACUCUCCCAAAUACACACACUAAAUCUCAUAAACACAAAACAUUCCAUAUGUACACACACACACAAGCUACAGGCACAGCCACACAUCCUACACACAUGCAUUCCCACAAGGAGCCUACAAAUGCAUGCACAAUACCACUUGCUGGCUACUUUGCCUUUCUGGCAUCCCACUUAUGGAGACACCAAUGACAAGUCACCAGCAAAGACACAGCACAAUCGUGUCAUUAAAUUUGCUUGUGCUGCACAAAAGAAACACAAUGCCUUUUACCAUUAGAAAGCUCUUUAGCGGGUCUCUGCUAACAUGCUUGUGGCGGAACCAACCUCGCCACUAUGCACUGGAGAAGCUUAGUUGCUCGCCUGCUCCCUUUAGACUAUGGCCCUGCAGUUCAGACCUGUUAUUUUCCCUGCUGAAAAGUUUAUUCGUGCCUUUCUGCCAGGGUGUUCGGUAGAUUCAAUCUACCGAACGAUGGAUCACCUGGGAACUGGAGUGUGCCGUCAAUUGACCGCCCAGAAGCUGCGGUUAACCGCAGCUUAAUUGAUGAACGCUGGGUGGCCUUUGUUCGGUUGCCGAACACGUGGCAGCGGCCAUUUUACCUCCCGAACGGCCAGCGGUGUUCAGCGCCCAAACUAUGGAACUGAAAACGGACACUUAUUGGCGCGAACACCGCUGAGCCGCCAGCCUCCUUACCUCUCCAUUCGGUAGCGGAACCGAAUGACGGUUCAUUUGGUAGUUUAACCGGAUGAACAGCAUCACCCCAGAUAGCUAAGCCAUGGAGCCUAUUAGUGUAACGAAAGACUAUGUGAAAGACUUUGGCUCCAUGGCGAUUGAACUGUAUGUAUGUGAUCUGAGCGCCAUUCGGUAGUAAUGUGCGCUCAGAUCUAAGCUAUCUGGGGAUAUGUAGAAUGUAUAUGUAAUAAAUGUAACUGUAUGUAAUUUUAUGUCUUUUACUGUCUUUUUACUGCCAUGCGGUUAAUGCAGUUUUGCCUCUGUCCUUGGAGAUAAUUGGAUUACUUCCCAAUUAUCUCCAGGACAGAGAGGAGGGAUUGUGAUGCAUUGUGGGAUUGUAAGCUUGUGAUUGGUUAAUGUCCAAUAUGUUUCCCAAUUUCCCAUCUGGUCUCCUAGAGGAGUGUCCACCAGGUGGGAGACCUGCGUAAAAGCCGGGCAGUUAGCCCCAGUAAACCAGAUUCUGCUUGACCUUCAAAACAAAGUGUCGUUUUGGGGGGAUUUACUGUAUGCUGUUAGAGACUGAUUGCCAGGAGUGUAAGCCGCUUGGGUGCUUUUCCUGUUCGUCUGCUAACAGCUAUUCGUGUGUCUCCAGUUCGGGAGUUUGGAGUGCUACUUGGUAUGCAGUUCGGGAGUUUCGAGUAUUCCCUUGGUUGCAUUUCGGGAGUUGGUGAAUUCGUGGGUUUGCAGUUCGGGAGAUUGGUGCUUGCAGUAGCUGUCUGUACAUCUGAAAAAGGGGAAUAUCCCCUAAACGGUUUUUAAUCUCUUGUGGGCGAAAACGGUCCGUUACAAUGCUCAUGUUUACAACAGUGGCGUAAACACGACCCAUGGGGCCCCAGUGCGAAAAUUAAUUUGUGGGCCCCCCACCCCCCGACCCCUACGACUGCGUUAUGUACGUCAGUGCAUGCAGAUACACAUAUACUUAAAGGACCACUACAGACACCCAGAUCACAUCAGAUCAAUGAAGUGGUCUGGGUGCCAGGUCCCUCUAGUUUUAACCCUGCAGCUGAAAGGUUUCACUGAGGGUUAAUCCAGCCUCUAGUGGCUGUCUCACUGACAGCCGCUAGAGGUGCUUCUGUGAUUCUCUCUGUGAAAAUCACAGUGAGAAGACGCUGGACGUCCAUAGGAAAGCAUUUCCUAUGGGCGGUUUGAAUGUGCGCAUACACACAGAAAACCUGUACAGGAUAUAACAGUUAAGAAAUGUUAUAGGCAGAGGAAUAAAAGCCAGGCUAUAGGUGGAUAUGUAUUAAUUGGUCUCUGUUUUAUCAGUAGGUAGAGAAUGAACAUUGUACAGCAGUAGAGUUGAGAGGACACCUGGAUGUUCGCGUACGCCGGGUUCGGACGAACUUCGGCAAAAAGACGCAUACACACUAGCUAACAGACACACAUUUAGUGACAGACAUACAUACACACUCACUGACAGACACAAAUACACACUCACUUACAAAACAUACACUCUCACUAACAGACACGCAAACUAACACACUCAGUAACAGACACACACAGUAACACAUUCACUGACACACACACACAAACUAACACACUCACUAGCAGACACACAGUAACACACACAAAAACUAACACACACACACAUGCUAACACACAUACACACUAGCACAUUUUUUUUUAAAUGUAAUCCCCAGCCUCCCUACCUUUGGGAGUGCUGAGGGGAUUCCCUGGGGUCCAGUGGGGCUGCAUGGCGGCCAGUCCUGCGGGCGCGCAAAGGAGCACUCUCCCCGAGUGCUCUCUGCCCAGCUCCCUCACGUGCUGCUUACUGAUGCCAGAGCCGGAAUAUGCCAUCAUAAGUGCAAAAUUAAAGUGAGCUUGCAGAAGAUGACAGAAGGUGUGGAGAUAACCCUUACUUGUGACACAAUUCCUCGAUAUCCUACAAACCUGCUAAUUGCUUUCUACAGAGAUGAAGAGAUGGUUCAGGGGUUCAGUUCAUCCAAUAAGUACCAGGUUCAGUCAGCUCGGCUAGAGGACUCGAGAAAUCAUACCUGUGAGGUCAGAACAUCGAACUACAAUGCAAAGAAGAGAAGCAAUAUGUUACAUAUCAACAUAAUAGGUGAGUGGGGCAUACAAAUAUAUGCACAGGGUGGGAAAAAAUUCAGAGUAAGGUUUGAUGAGUCAAUAACCUUUUUAUUUGUGAACCAAUUUCAAUGAUACUAUGUACAAUUAAUGCUUAUCGUAUGAAGAUUUGUUUGAUGAAGUAUCAAAGAUGACAUCUGAUAAAUGAUCUUCAUUUGCUACCCCACAAAGUUGGGCUCUUUUGAUUGCAUUGGUUUUAACAUCAAUUAAAGGACCACUCUAGGCACCCAGACCACUUCAGCUUAAUGAAGUGGUCUGGGUGCCUGGUCCAGCUAGGGUUAACCCAUUUUUUACUAAACAUAGCAGUUUCAGAGAAACUGCUAUGUUUAUUAAUGGGUUAAGCCUUCCCCCUAUUCCCUCUAGUGGCAGUCUCAGUGACAGCCACUAGAGGCGCUUGCGUGCUUUACACUGUGAUUUUCACAGUGAGAGCACGCCAGCGUCCAUAGGAAAGCAUUGUAAAUGCUUUCCUAUGCGACCAGCUGAAUGCGCGCGCAGCUCUUGCCGCACGUGCGCAUUCAGCCGGUGGGGCGUAACGGAGGAUGAGAGGAGGCAGAGAGCUCUCCGCCCAGCGCUGGAAAAAGGUAAGUUUUUAACCCUUUCCCCCUUCCAGAGCCGGGCGGGAGGGGGACCCUGAGGGUGGGGGCACCCUCAGGGCACUAUAGUGCCAGGAAAACGAGUAUGUUUUCCUGGCACUAUAGUGGUCCUUUAAUGUUUGAGGUACAUUUAAGAAAAGAAACACAGGAACUCCCAAAGGGGUUUGAAGACUUCCAGGAAGAACGCAUUUUUAUCUUCAAUAAAUAACCUGGCAAAAGUUUUAGAACCUCCUGGGUGGAUUCUUUGUACUUAAAAGUCAGAGUUCCUUAGACUCACAAACUGCAAAUAGCGAGAAUGAUUCAGAUAACAGUUCAAGAUUAGGGGGCUCACAAAACGCCAGAAUAGGGAGAUUUUAUGUAACCUCAGAAAUGUUUCUUUUUUUAGAACAGGACCCCCAUUCACAACCCGUUCCAGAACAACUCAGGGAACAGAGACAAUGGGGGGGGUCAUGAUAAACAAAUAGUCAAUCUAUCAGACUUCAAUCUAGAAUCAAGACAGAUUUCUAUACUUCGAUACUACGACAAGGGUUGUGCUUAUUUCCAACACAACACUUUGACUGUUUUGACUAGGUUAAUGAUUUGUAUCUCUUUUGCAGAAAGUUGGUCUCCAUGGCUACUUCCAAAAGUGAUGCGGCAGGGAGGCCCAUCAUGAAGAAUUGAUUUCUGUUCAUGUUACGUCCUUAACCAGCUAUGGCAACAUUUUAUUGUUUGCCAAAAGUCCACAAGGACUUGAAAAACAUCUGGGAUGACCAAUCGUCUCAGGAAAGGGAUGUCUAACUGACAACUGCAGUGUCUUUAUGGACAGUAUUCUGCAUCCCCUAGUUUUGAGGUCACCAUCUGUUUUGCUAUGUUCUAGGAUGCAAAGAAUCAUACCAAUAUGAAUAAAAUUAAUUUUAUUCAAAGCUCAAAUAUCAUUAAAGAAUAUUUACAAAAGUUAAGUAAGACUACAUCACCAAUUAAUACGCAACAUUGAAAGCUCAAUGUUGAAAGCUCUGGUGAGUCUUGGCCAGGAGUAAAUUAAUUGGUAAAUUUCCAGCAUAUCUGCUCACAGGAUAAAGUUUCUGACCAACAAAAAUGGAAGUCCUAGCUUUUUAGAAUCAUACAAAAAGGGUUUCCUCUUUUUGUAGUUUCUAAAAAAUACAAGGCACCAGUCCACCCCAAAGCGCUGGCCAGGUGGCCCAGAGAGAAUUCAAGUUGUGUGAAUCUCCUUGCACUUUGUUUGGAAGAUUUUGGAACUCUGGGCAGGGUUCCCAGAAUAUUGCUAAAUCAUUGGAUAUUGUGUAAUGUUUGAACAAAAUAGCUUUAAAAUGCGAUGAUCGAUAUCUAUCCACACAAUUAGCAAUACACUAUCAUACAUUCAGGACACCCAAUUCACCAGAGAAAAGUUGUCACAUCUUAAAUGUACUGAGACGGGAGGGACGCGCAAAGCUCUUUCUCUGGCCGCCAGUGAGGUCCACAAUUCUUCGGCGGCGCACCUAACUGCUCUUCCACUAACAUUGUGUACCUUGCAAAUUGAUCUUGAGGUAGAAAAUAUGCAAUUCCGCAGGAGGAUUGUUCAACAUGCCAAUUCGAUUCAUACGCACCUGGAUACACCAAUUCUGUGACGUCUUUAUAAAAUUUUCACAAUGGUGAAGCCUCAAACCUGUCAUUACAGGCGAUUGCAAAAAAUCAAGCCUUCCCCAAAGGAGGGGGGUUAUUUAAGUUUUAAUUCCUUAUGAAAUUAUUACAUGUUAUUAAAAUUCUCAUUCCUUUUGAAAUUAUGAAAAAAAGGAAUCCAGAUGGAAUUAUUAAUUGAAAACCUUUGCCAAUCAUUAAUGAAUUACAACAAUCUAUAUAGUCUUGUGUAAAUCUUAAAUUAAUAGUUAAAAGUUUUUUAUAUUAUCUUCUAGAACUGUUCUCUCCCCCCAAAAUUAAAGUGAGCUUGCAGAAGAUGACAGAAGGUGCAGAGAUGACCCUGACAUGUGACAAAAUUCCACGAUAUCCUACAAACCUGCUCUUUGCUUUCUACAGAGAUGAAGAGAUGGUGCAGGGGUUUGGUUCAUCCAAUAGGUACCAGGUGCAAUCAUCUCAGGUGGAGGACUCUGGAAAUUAUAUCUGUGAGGUCAGAACAUCAAACAACAACAUAAAUAAAAGAAGUAAUAAAUCACAUAUCAACAUAAUAUAUGAGUACCUUUUGGAAACUUUUGUUUGGACUGAUCAUGUUAUCUAUAAAACUCUGUGUCCAUAUGGAAUGAAUUAUAUCAGCAAAGCUGACAUGACAAUAAAUAAAAACAAACAACGGGCCACCACUCCUACCUUAGGACAGUCUACAGAGAUCUGCAUUUUCUACAAGAUGGACACUAGUUUUCAAGCUCAAAGCGGUGGGUGGGGGCCUUAAAUUAGAAUAAGGGGUACCUAAUGUCCUCCCGCCUGGCCCGCACCCCUGAGCGGCCCUAAAUAAAAAUUGGGGGGGGGGGGGGCUAUUCCCGAGCCCCCACUCAUGACGAGCCAGUGGGGACUUUUAAUUUAAAGGGGGGGAACUAUUGUCCUCCCGGUCCCCACCCCCGAGCGACGGGUGGGGGCCAUAAAGUAAAAUAAUGGGGGGGGACCUAUUGUCCUCUCCCCCAGCCUCCACCCCUGAGCGGCGGGUGGGGGCCCUAAAUACCAAUAAGGGGGUGACCUAUUGUCCUCCCCCCUGGCCCCCACCCCUGAGCGGCGGGUGGGGGCACUAAAUUAGAAUAAGAUGGGGGGACCAAUUGUCCUCCCCCUGACCGCCACCCCUGAGCGGUGGGUGGGGGCCAUAAAUUAGAAUAAGGGGGAACCUAAUGUUCUCUCCCCUGGCCCCCACACUGAGUGAUGGGUUGGGGCCCUAAAUUAGAAUAAGGUGGGGGGCCUAAUGUCCUCCCCCUGGCCCCCACCCCUGAGCGGUGGGUGAGGGCCCUAAAUAAAAAUUGGGGGAGGCCUAAUGUUCUCCCUCCUGGCCCCCACCCCUGAGCGUUGGGUGGGGGCCCUAAAUAAAAAUUGGGGGGGACCUAAUGUCCUACCCCCUGGCCCCCACCCCUGAGCAGUGGGUGGGGGCCCUAAAUUAGAAUAAGGGGGGGACCUAAGGUGGGGGACCCUGAGCGGUGGGUGGGGGCCCUAAAUUAGAAUAAGGUGGGGGGACCUAUUGUCCUCCCCCUGGCCCCCACCCCAUGAGCGGUGGAAGGGGGCCCUAAAUAAAAAAAAUUCAACCGGGGCCCCCAUCUUGAGCCCCCACUCGUGACGUGCCAGUGGGGACUUUUAAUUUAAAGGGGGGAACUAUUGCCCCCCCGGCCCCCACCCCUGAGCGGCGGGUGGGGGCCCUAAAGUAAAAAAAGGGGGGAGGACCUAUUGUAAAAUAAUGGGGGGGGGACCUAUUGUUAUUUUUUUUUAAGUGUGUCAGUUAUAAUGGAUUUUUAUUUGGCCUUUUUUUUUUAGCAGAAAAAAUAUGAUUUUAGAAGAAAGAAAACAUCAAAUGGUAAGUUUUAUUUUAUUUUUACAGGUACUUAGUUAAAGGUCCCCCCCCUCAUUAUUUUUAGGGUGAGGGGGGUAGGUAGGAGUUAUAUUUUUUUGGGGGUGGGGGUGACUAGUGGUUUGGGGACCCCUGGUCACCUGGGGGGUUACAUUUUUAUUUAGGGCCCCACCCGCCGCUCAGGGGUGGGUGCCAGGGGGAGGACAAUAGGUCCCCCCUAAUUGGUAUUUAGAGCCCCCACCCACCGCUUAGGGGUGGGGGCCAGGGGGGAGGACAUUAGGUGUCCCCCCCCAAUUUUUAUUUAGGGCCCCCACCCGCCGCUCAGAUUCCCCCCAUUGGUAUUAAGGGCCCACACCCACCGCUCACGUGUGGGGGUCAGGGGGAGGACAUUAGGUCUCCCCCCCAAUUUUUAUUUAGGGCCCCCACCCACCACUCACGGGUGCGGGCCAGGGGGGAGGACAUUAGGGAGGACAUUAGGUACCCCCUUAUUCUAAUUUAUGGCCCACACUCGCCGCUCAUGGGUGGGGGCCAGGUGGGGGUCAGGGGGAGGACAAUAAGUCCCCCUCUUAUUUGAAUUUAGGGCCCCCACCCACAGCUCAUGGGUGGGCACCGGGGGGAGAACAAUAGGUCCUCCCUUAGUUUACUUUAGGGCCCCCACCCGCCGUUCAGGGGUGGGGGCUUAGGAUGGGGAACCCUUUUUAUUUAUUUUUUUAAACAGUGAGCAGUCAUAGGCUGCUCACUGUUUAAUAGAUAUGCCCCUACUCACUGUAUAGCGAGUAAGGGCAUAAUUUACGAAUACUAAGUAAUGGUAUUAGUAAAUUUGUCUGAAAGACCAAUUCAGGUCUUAUAGCCUUUUCAUUCCUGUCAUUACAUUGACUGGCUUAGUAACUUAGCCCUUACCAGGACAUUUUAGAGCCAUUUUAGUGCCCAAAAGUUCGGGUACCCAUUGACUACAAUGUGGUUCGGUUUCGGGGUCAAGUUCGUCCGAACCCAGCGUACGCGAACAUCCAGGUGUCCUCUCAACUCUACUGCUGUACAAUGUUCAUUCUCUACCUACUGAUGAAACAGAGACCAAUUAAUACAUAUCCACCUAUAGCCUGGCUUUUAUUCCUCCGCCUAUCACAUUUCUUAACUGUUAUAUCCUGUGCAGGUUUUCUCAAUAUCUAUUAUCUUCUUCCUUUGUUCAAACAAGACUGUCCUUUUGGAUUAAAUUCAAAGUUUGAAAGGUAUGCUGAAGGCGCGAGGAAGUGUGUUUUUAGCUUUAUCAGUACUGGUACUUUUUCACUUGUGUUCAGCAACACUGACAUCUUGUGGUCACACUUUUAAUUACAUUAAUACAAAUUAGGUUUUACUCUUGAAAAUAUGGUCAGCGGAAUUAUAUCCCUCUACUAAUCCAAGAUGAAUCAUAAAGUUUAAUUUAUAUUCUUUUCUUUCAGUUUGUCAUAGUCUCAUAAACUGUUGUCUGGUUAAUCCAGCAAAUUUUAAAUUUUCUGUGGUAUACCUCCAUAAACCCAUACAAAAAUACUGAGAAACUCUCACCACCUCCUACUACUCUCUUAGAAAAGGAAAGAUAAUGGCAUUACUAGUUGGCCUUUUACCUCCUUAUCUAUUGUGUUUUUUGCAAGGUGUGCUAAGAGUCCCUGAUAUUAUGGUAUAUAGCAUGGUCAGGUUGGGGUGUAAGAAUCUCAUCAUUAUAUAAUGUGCCAGGGAGAAUCCCGUUAUUUCUCAAUAAUCCCAAUGUAUCAACAGUCCUAAAUUUUAUCUCUAUACUUUUGUUUUCUAUUCUUUGGGGACUAAAUAAUCACCAGGUUUGACUUGUUUUUAUAGAAACUUGUUUUAGUUCUUCUCAGCCAGAAUCACUUUCUUACAAAGUAUAUUGUAUUUAUUUUUUAACUUUUGUGCAAUUUCAAAUCUCAUUCCCAAUAUUUUCCAUUUCACUAUUUGUGUUUUGUACUUUUAUUGUGAGUGCCCCUACAGUAACAUCAAUAGCCGUAUAUUAGAUACAUUGUAAUCUCUAUGUGAGCUCCUCACUGGGACUGGUAUCUCCAGGGGUUAAUUAUGCAUUAACCUUCCACACACUGCACAUGAGGUGAAGAAUAUGGUGUGAGUCAAUAGUCAGGCCUCUAGUCAGUAAUAUUGGGUCCCAGAGGACGCCACUUUUUAUUUAAUUUUAUCAUUUCCAUCAACAGAAAUAGCCAGUCGGCUUUGUCUGCGAACUGAUCAUCUCCCAAUGGGAUGUGUGGGAGGUUUGUAAUUGUGAAUUAGAUUUUUACGUCUUUUCACCAGGCAGUGUCAGGUUUCUUAUGUGUGAAGAUAGCGUCAGCUGAUAAAAUUCAAUAACAAGUGUGAAUCGGGCGUAACUAGCCACUAACGACUUCCAUUAUACUCUAUGAAAGCCAUUAACAGUAAAGUCAGUAAUUCCCAGUUGCUAAUGGUAAGAUUUUCCAGUUGGGAAACAGACAAUACUCACUAAGGUUUAGCUUAUAAUGGUUGGUCCGUAAAACGUACCAGCAACGUUGGAAACAAACUCCAAAUCCUAACAAGAUGCUUCCUAUGGUCAGUUAUAAAAUAUUAUUCUCAGUGUUUGAUCUCUCCAGAUCCAUGCCGGUCAUUUUAAAAUUUCUAAUCUUUCUUUUUCACGGUUUCAAUCCCAUCCAUCAGAAUAUAGUGAGAAUGACGCUUUCUGUGUGUGUAUUAAUUAUAGCAUUUAGUUUCAUCAUCUAUCACAUGAAGACUAGAGAAAUCACAGCACAUGGAGAGAGAGAGUGAAGAACACACACAAUACCAGCUUGGCGUGAUCAUCAAAGACAAUGUCACCUAUUGCAUCUACUGUGACCCUACUAGAAAUAUCCAGGCAUUGUGUGGAAUGUCCACCUAGAGUUGUCAAGGCAUUAUACAUAAUGUACCAAAGUGAGCUUAGUACAAUCUGGAUAUAACGUCCAGACUCUACUAAUCAAAUGAGUGGAGCGCUAAAGGUAUAAACUUACCCUAAAGUAGGGUUAAAUCUCAGAUGUAUAUCAGUACAUAUAAAGGAAACGAAAAAUAAAACACAAUAUAGUGUAAAUCCACAGGUGGUAAUGUAUUUUGGUGAUAAUUCAAGUAGUCAAACUCACAUUGAUCACAGCCUCAAAGGGACAGGCUCAAAUCACUUGCACAGUAAUGUCGUAUGGAGACACUGCACCCUUUUGCUUGGAAUGGAUUUCCUCAAAGUAGAGAGAAAGGGAGACUUCCUAGUGUAUUAAUUUUCAACAAAAAUAAAAGACACAUUGGGUAUGGUUGUGCUCACCUUUUCCUGAGCCAAUGAGAACCUGGCUCUGGAUGAUAGACCUGGGUACCUCUAGAGGGGGGCACCUGCCCUUCUUUAGCAGCAAGAUGAAGUUACAUAAUGUACACAUUAAUGAGUCAUGUCAUUUAAUAGAAUGUCCAUAUAAAUGCUUCUAGGCAUUAUAUAUGUGUAUAUAAACUUGUCUCCGCAUUCUAUAGAAUGUCCGUAUAAUUAUAUUUGGGCAUUAUAUAGAAAGUCCAGCUAAACCCGUCUGUAAUAGAAGCUGCACACAAGAGCAUAAUGUAUUGUAAAAUGGGCAUCAUCGUUCAUAAAGCAGAUGGAGUAAUGUGUGUUUGGGGUAGUUGAGCAGGCAGAGUGUUUAGGGUUACAGCCAGUGGUGUACAUACCAGGGUCGCAGGGGUCGUAGUUGCGACCGGGCCCGGCCCACCAGGGGGCCCGGCCGCCCCUGCGACCCGGUAUGUACCCACAGGGCCAGCCUCUUCCCCUGGGGGGCCCAGGAGCCGGCCACCUCAGGGCUCCCCGAGGCUGGCCCUGCUGUCACACACACACUCCUGGGCGGGUGGCCGGUCGGGCAGGCGGGCGCAUGAGGGAGCACUCAGUGCUUCCUCUUCAGCUCCCUCGUGCACCGCACUGAUACCGGAGCCGGAAGAUGACGUCAUCUUCCGCGCCGGUGUUCUAUCACUCUGCUAUACUCCGUCAGAUUGCUAUACCCCCGUCACUUCCAGAGAGGGGAAUCAGCUGUCUCCUGUGCUGCACAUGCGUGCUAUCACUCCUGCUACUCCUCCACAGCAAGGUCCUGGAAGGUAAGUAAAACUAGUUUUACACUUUCAUUAUAGUUAGUGCAUUCACUAUGCAUAGGACAUGACACAUUUAGGGUUAAGUGAGGGUACAAAUUAGGGUUAGGUAAGUGCUUCUAACCUCUCUCACACUCUAUUCUUACCCUAACCCUUGGGGUAAGGGUUAUAAUAAAGUGUGAGAAAUCACUAUUUAGUGAUAUUCCCCUAAUGUGAUAUCACUAAAUAUGAACAGGUCCCUAAUCCUAACCCUAAUUUGAACCCUAACAUUAACCCUAAAUGUCCCAUGUCCUAAGCGUAGUGAAUGCACUAACUAUAAUGAAAGUGUAAAACUAGUUUUACUUACCUUCCAGGACCUUGCUGUGGAGGAGUAGCAGGAGUGCUAGCACGCAUGUGCAGCACAGGAGACAGCUGAUUCCCCUCCCUGGAAGUGACGGGGGUAUAGCAAUCUGACGGGGUAUUGCAGAGUGAUAGAACACCGGCAUCCCUACGCGGUGCGCGAGGGAGCUGAAGAGGAAGCACUGAGUGCUCCCUCGCGCGCCCGCCUGCCCGACCGGCCACUCGCACAGGAGCCCAGGAGCCCAGCAGCACCACUGGACCCCAGGGAAUCCCCCCAGCACUCCAAAAGGUAAGGAGGCUGGGGGGAUUAAAUUUAAAAACAAAAAAAAAACAAAAAAAAACGUGUUAGUGUUUGAGUGUGAGUGGUAGUGUUAGAGUGAGUGUUAGAGUGAGUGUUAAUGUGAGUGUUAGUGUGUGUGUGAGUGUUAGUGUGUGUGUUACUGUGUGUGUCUUACUGAGUCUGUUUGAUGUCUGUUAGUGAGUGUGUGUUUGUCAAUGAGAGUGUAUGUUUUGUAAGUGAGUGUGUGAGUGUGUAUGUAUGUCUGUCGCUGAGUGUGUCUCUGUCAGUAAAUGUGUGUGUCUUCAGCACUUACCUUUCUCCAGCGCCGGACUCCCUUGGCGCUGGGGAUCCCUCAGCCUCUCAGCUCCGAAUGAGACCGCGCACGCAUUCAAACCGCACAUAGGAAAGCAUUACUCAAUGCUUUCCUAUGGACGUUCAGUGUGCUCCUCUAGCAGCUGUCAGUGAGACAGCCACUAGAGGCUGGAUUAACCCUCAGUGAAACAUAGCAGUUUCUCUGAAACUGCUAUGUUUUCAGCUGCAGGGUUAAAACUAGAGGGACCAGACACCCAGACAACUUCAUUGAGCUGAUGUGAUCUGGGUGUCUGUAGUGGUCCUUUAAAGGACCAUUAUAGUGCCAGGAAAACAUACUCGUUUUCCUGGCACUAUAGUGCCCUGAGUGUGCCCCCACCCUCAGGGACCCCCUCCUGCCCGGCUCUGGAAAGGGGAAAAGGGGUAAAACUUACCUUUUUCCAGCGCUGGGCGGAGAGCUCUCCUCCUCCAAUCCUCCUCUUCUUCUCCCCGUCGGCUGUAUGCGCACGCGCGGCAAGAGCUGCGCGCGCAUUCAGCCGGUCACAUAGGAAAGCAUUCAUAAUGCUUUCCUAUGGACGCUGGCGUGCUCUCACUAUGAAAAUCACAGUGAGAAGCACGCAAGCGCCUCUAGCGGCUGUCAAUGAGACAGCCGCUAGAGGAAAUAGGGGAAGGCUUAACCCAUUCAUAAACAUAGCAGUUUCUCUGAAACUGCUAUGUUUAUGAAAAAAUGGGUUAACCCUAGCUGGACCUGGCACCCAGACCACUUCAUUAAGUUGAAGUGGUCUGGGUGCCUAGAGUGGUCCUUUAAAUGUGUGUGCAUCUGCAUGCACUGGCGUACAUACCGCGGUCGCAGGGGUCGCAGCCCUGUAACCCCUGCGACCAGGUGCCCACCACCAUGUGUUGCGGCAUGGCCCGCACGCUGGGGGGGGGCCCACUGAUCAAUUUUCGCACCGGGGCCCCAUGGGUCAUGUGUACGCCACUGGUUACAGCUAUAUAAAAUGUCUAGAUUUAAACAUCGCCUUUAACCUGUGAAUGUAUGGUGGAAACUAGACUCCCUAAAAAAAGUCUUAAUAGAACGCUUCAAACACCAUAACCACAACAGAGUACAAUAAUGGUUAUGGUGCCAAGAGUACCCUGUAUCCCUUUUUUGUAAGUAGCCAAACUGUUUUAGAAUGGUUUGACAACUUACCUGAGGUCUAUUGGGAACUGCACCCCACCUCACUGCAGCCUUACAAGAGCCAGAAAUUCCUACGUAGGAAUCCAGGGCUAACUCACAGGCUCAGAGCGUAGGCUGAUAACUUUCAGCCAAUGAGCCAAGUCCUGUUUAGCCAGGCUGAGCACAAAGUAAAAUCUUUUAGCUAGAGAGGGGGCUGCAUUGGAGGCUGUAAUAAAAGGGUUCGAGUACUUAUAUUGUGGUGGAUCAGUGCAGUUAUGGCUGGUAUUUGGGGGAAUUCCAAUUUACAAAAUAUACCAGCAGAUUAUAAAUAUAUCUGUAUAUGGGUGAAGACCAAGAAUCUAAAAUACCAGACGCAAUACGACAUGGCCAUUUCAAAAUGGAACAGGCAGCUCGUGUUGUUUGUGUGUUUCUUUGUUCAUUGGUAGCACGUAACACUAUUCUUUAUGCGCAUCUUAGUGCGUUAUCUCUUCUGGUUAUGUAGGCACAUGCAUUUCUAUCGUGAGCUGAGGUAGUCUCCGGUUAUUUGUAGUAUUUAUGUUGCUAGAGGUUCUUUACCUUUUGGUAUUUGCAAGCUCAUUAUCAUAAGGAGUUUAGAAUAUUUGUAGAGAACACAACACAUAUAUCAAAAAUAGGAUAACGAAUAUUGAUAAAAAAAGGGGCACCAUCAAUCCUCUGAAGGAUAAAGGGACAAAAUAUAACAAGCACAGGCUGUGACAAAAUAUAAGAAAAUGGGGAAAUUAUGAAAUAAGUCUAGAGGGACACAGUCCAAAAUUUUCACAGUUCUGCCAGAUGCUGUUGCUUCAUGCCUUGCAGUUUCAUGGACACAUGUGAAGAGUUGAAAAGAAAAAAAAAACAUUGGUGUAGUAUGUUCUAAAUAUGGGUAGGACACACAACAGAAGUGUAUAGAUUUACACUCACAUGUGAAGGAGCUUACAACCAGUAUAAAUAGCGUACAGUGAAACAAUACCUGCUGAUUGAUUAGUAGUAGUUACAAUCUCUUCAUCAGCGAGGCAAGGGUAUCUAAAAAAAAAACAAAAAAAACAAUCCAUAGUGCUCUCUGGUGCAGUGAGUAAAUAAAUAGGAACAUAUAAAUGUUCAUUUUAAGGAACAUAUAAAAUAUAUAAAAACAGUUACUAUAUCCAUAUAUAUAUAUAUAUAUAUAUAUAUAUAUAUAUAUAUAUUUAUUUAAUUAUUUUAAUGACCAUACUCCAAUGCAAAUGGAUGCCAAAUAGAAUUUAUUGCAAAUAAAAUAAACAUAAAUAUAAUAAAAUUAAACACAACGCAUUUCGCCUUAUCUGAGGCUCUCUCAAGUUUAAGUGCUCUUAAAAACCCCACUUUGAAGGAUCCAAGACUUACCAUUCCCACCUGAUAGUCCACCACAGCUCCCCGGGACAAGAGAAGUUGGAGGCAAGAACAGGGAGACCUCGGCAAUAAUAGGUACUGCUUCAUACACCUACAUUCCAGUGGUUAACAACAUAUGAACACUAUCCUUGAAUGUAAAAAAAAUAAAUUAAAAAGACUACACACACUCCACAAGAGACACUUGGCAUUCUCUAAAUUCCCCCAACUCAACCCUGUGGUGAUACGUUUACAGUAGACUCACUUUUGUAUACGUAACGCUACCAAUUCAAUCUGCUAAAUAGCCCCAAGCCUUCCAAGCCUAUUCUAACACUAAGUCAAACGUAGUGUCGAUCCUUUAUCCUUACCAUCCAAUAGAAAAAUACUGAGGAAUUAUACUUGGAAUAUUGAACAAUGAGCAGAUCACACUGAGGAAUAUAUUAGCACUCAAUGAAAACUGGUAAAUAUUCCUAUCUAAAUUUUUCAAAAAAGACUCUUCGCAAUAGACGAUUAAUAGUUUGUGGUGACCAUACCUGGACCCCUCUAUAGAUACUCAGUCAGUCCUCCAUAAGUCUCCAUCUCAAGGUAGCCAAGUAAACAACCUCAUGAUGUGUAUGAUAUUUGGAGAUCCUGUUGUCCCACCUAGAGGAACUAUAUGCUUUUUCCACCAGUUCAUCACAGCUAUUUCCGAAUUGAUCUUUGUCUGGUGGACAGCAAUGUCUCAGCAGACAAUGCUCUGGUUAGCUUUACCCUUACACUAUCCUCAUCAAAUAUAGAUAGAGGAGCUUGUAGAAUAAACAAUUCACUGCUGAAUGAUCCAUGUCACUCAUCAAGAAAACAAAAAGCAAUAGUGAAAAGGCACUCAAAAAGUGAAACUAAACAAAAAUAGCUGCAAAAACUCAAAACGCUAAAAAUAGCCAUUUCUCCACACAGUAAUAUUAACAACAACUAACACAUUAUAGGGAUGUGCUUGCACUCAAAAAGUGAAACAAAACAUUUUUAUGUCACUCACCAAAUACGGGACUUCUCAGAACAUAACCUCACCACACAUACAGGACUCCAUGUCACCCCAUCUCAUUAAUAAACUCAACAAGAAGCUCUGUCCAAAUAUUCUGGCUGUUAGAUUGAACAACAAGAUACUUUUUAAUACUUACACUAUCCCUUGUAACUCUGUCAUGCUGAAACAGGUAUAGAAUGAAUUAACUCAUUAAAAGUGAUAGUAUAUCAUAUUUAUAAUGAUUUAAUCAAAUUCCAGUUUCUUGUUAAAUUUCAAUGGCCUCUUUGAACAUUUUGUUUUUCAGGUCAGAACUCAUAAAUAAUAUUAAAGCUGUUUCAGCACCCUGGACAGAAACCAGCAUUAAGUGCUGUGUCCUAUAUGGAGCAUCACAUCCUCACUGUGUCUUUUAUCUCCCAUAA